ACUAGUGCAGUUUGUGCAGAGGAGGGUGGGGUCAGGCAAAUAGAGUCAACCAACAGGAAUAAGCUAUUUACCUGCUGCAAAGGUGGGUCUGUACUUUCAAUUCCUCCUGCGAACGAUCCUGAGGGAUUUAUCUGGUUUAUUUGAGCAGAGUGACUGGAUUGCUGUGGAAACAUGCCUUUGUAAAGGCAAUUUUCUUUUAUUAUUGCUAAGCGAGUAUUUUAGAACUAUACAUAUAUAUUAUACUUUCAAGAUGAAGAAAUCAAGCACGUUGAAUAAGCUUUUUGGAAAGAAAAAUUCAAAUAAUAAUAAUUCUCUGUAUGCUAACAACCCACCGUGGAUUUUGACGCAGGGAGCCAAGAAAGGUUCUGAUCCUUACUCAGGUAGGUGGAUGUGAGCUUUUGGGAAAGAGGACCAUUUUAAAUGCUUUAAUGGAACUUGGGAUUUAUGCACAGAACUGUGAAUUGACCUUUUUUAAUUUGCAAUUCCUUUGUCACAUUAACCAAGCAUAAAAUUGAGUUGGGGUAUAGUUUCCAAUUUGACUAUUUUGGACUAAAAUUAGAAAUUCACUAAAAUCUGAUAUUAUUUAUUUAUUUUAAAGCAUAACUUUGUAUAUAUAAUUUUGUUUUCCCUGUAAACAGUCAGCCAUUCUCCUUCUCCCAGUGUUCUUUAUAAUUGGACACCUGAACCACAUUUGUGAUUUCCUAGGAUAUAAUGCUCUCCUGAGAGCAGAGGGGUAAGAUCAAUAGGAUUAUUAGGAAAUGUUCUGACCAGAGUUUUUCUUGAAUGAACAGAUUCUCAGGGUUACACAGUUCACUGCUGAUUCUUUGAUGUCCUUCAACGAUUCCAUUAAACAUGAGACUUCUCAACUGCUGUUUGUCUUAGUUCUACAGUAAAAACAAACCUUGGAAACCUGCGACUCCAUUAAGGUUCUUUAAAUCCUGACCUGUUAGGGUUUCCAUGAGAACUACAUUUCCUUUUGGUAACCACAGUAGGUGAAUUGCUACAUAUAAGCCUCAUAAGAAUCUCUUGGUUUGCUUAACCCCUUAAGGACCAUACUUCUGGAAUAAAAGGGAAUCCUGACAUGUCACACAUGUCAUGUGUCCUUAAGGGGUUAAUUAAAUCUUAACUCACUGACUUGACUAUUUGGUAUGGUUUGAGGUGUGUGUUUUUUUUUUGUUUUUUGUUUUUUUUUGUUUGUUUUUUUAAUAUUGUGGUUUGACUGAAGAAUAUUUCAGCAUAAAUAGGGUUAAUCGUUUUUACUGAUAGGAAUUAAAAAAAAAAAAAAGCAAGAUCCUCUUUUGGUAACUUAGAAACUAAUAUUAGUUGGUUACCUUGUUUUGCAGACUUUGGGAAAAAGUUAAGGGUUAAAGUAGAUAAACUGGAAGCAAAGUGGAUUUGAACAUUUCUCCCUUUGAUAAACAACUCUGAAAGUGUUACAAUUCUGUCAGUCCAUAAAGCCCUUUCCAAGCACUAGUGUUUGUGUAUGGUUGGUUGUGAUCACGUCUCUCUUUUUAAAGUCUUUUUAUGGUACAUGUCUUCUGACUAUAAAAUGUUGAAACCAAAAUAUCCCUUACUUUUGUACCAAUUCUCGAAUUAUGUAUUAUCUUCAAUCCUUACCUUUUGUUGAUGUACUAUGCUGCUGAAAGUAUUGGCACAUUUUAGCUGUCACUGAACUACCAAAAUAAUUACAUUCUGUUUUGUGUGUGUGCGUGUUUGUAUAAAAAUAUGUAUGUGGGUGUAAAAUAAAUUAACUGUCUCUCUUUUUUUUAUUUAUUAUGUGUGCAUUGUGGUUUAUAAGUGUUUCUCUGCAAAGUGCUGUAUCAGUAGUACUAAAACCAACUAAUUUUCUUGUUUCUAUGGUUUUCAUAUUUAUUUGUUUUUCUCUUCCCCUUUUUUAUUUAUUUUCCUUCCUUCUAUAAAUUAUCUUCUGGAUCCAAGCUGUAAUCUAUUCUGGCAUUAUUGUACAACUUAAAAUCCAAAGAGAAAUGUUUAAGUAUUUCUGGUGUUUUUUUUUUUUCCAUGUUUUUAUUUGUAUUUGAUGCAUGUUUAGUAUUUCUGUGGUUUUCAUAAAACUGGAAAUAAAGGGAAAUGUACCAUUUUUGGUUAUUUGUCUAAAGUAAACCUUCUUUCUCCAUAUUAAUCUUUAAUUGGGUAUUACAGGAGGGGAAAAAAGGAAGUUCUCCAAUCACCAUAAACACUACAACUUGCUGUUGGGUAUUUUAUUUGUUUUAUAAAAUAUUUUACCAGGAAGGACACAUUGAGAUUUUUCUUGUUUUCAAGUAUGUCCAGGGUCCACAAAACAUUGCAUUGAUACAAUAAUACACAAUAUAUGCUUUAUAUUAACAAGGAACAGGUAGAAAUAUAUAUAUAAUCUACCAUGACAGGUGUAUUGUUAGGUUAACCAUAUCCACCAUGUUUUCAGGGACACGUACAUAUUGAUGGGUUGCACAUGAAAUGGGUUGUUGUGUAGUAUGUCAAAUUCAGAAGAAGGUGUAUAAUAUUAUGAAACUAGGAAACAAAGAAUAUGCAUUAGCAGGGCAACUCUUUUUUUUCAUGCGUUUUCAUAAAUGUAUGUUUAUGGGUCCCUGAAAACAUGGUGGAUAUGUUACCCCAUUCCAAGUACUCAAAUUUAGUUUUUCAUCAAUUUGAACCUGGUUUAGCUAGUUACCUGGGGUCCAAGGGGCACCACUCCCUGUCUCUAGUACCAACAUCAAAUGGUUUAAUUACUUACAGUAGGGUAGUAGUUAUGGGGCUUGGAGAGUUCCUUUUUAAACACUAUGACUUAAUGCAUUAUCUAGAUGAGUUCUGUACAGUGUGUUCAAUUUUGUUGCACCAACAAACUGCGGAGCUGGCCAUAAACAAAAGUGUUGCAUGUACAUGUGUAUUUGAGGUCAUGUUUUCUCACGCUGAGUGAUAAACUUAUAAGUUUGUAUGGAAGAAUGUUUGACUGUAUCUGUACUGUCACUUGUUGAUAUUGAGGUUUUUUUUUUUUGUGUGUGUGUAUAUAUAUAUAUGUGUGUGUGUGUGUGUGUGUGUGUGUGUGUGUGUGUGUGUGUGUGUGUGUGUAUGUAUAUGUGUGUGUGUGUAUAUAUAUAUAUAUAUAUAUAUAUAUAUAUAUAUAUAUAUAUAUAUAUAUAUAUAUAUAAAAUUUAUUAUUAUUAUAAGUAAACACUUGGGCUAAGUUUCCCUGUCUAUUUUAAACUACCAUUUAUUUAUUGAUUGUGUCCUACCCAGGAACACAUAAUGACAGUUCAGGGGGGCUGGACUUCUCAGUGGGUCACUACCUAAUUUUUAAUUUACCCAGAAGCUGCCCCAACCUAUCAUAUUCUAUUUUUGUUAUUUUUUUUGUACCUCAACAUGUAUGUCUAAUUCUUUGUCCAUUCCAAAUACUACUUCUCAACUACCACUUUAAUUUAUUUUUCAUUUCAUAGUAUUCACACUAAUCUCAUUCAUCCACAACACACCUUCUUUGUUUCUCCCCUCCAGUCAUUGUUAUUUUGAGUGACAUUACAGACUCCUAACAAAUGUCGUGGAAUAUGUCUAUCUUACAACCUAGCUGUAAAACACAACCACAUCUCCCUAUAAACAAAGUACAUUACUUGGUAAAUGACUGACUUCUGUGAUGCUAAGUAAAAUAACAUUGGCUUCAGGCAAGGAGAUCCUCCCUCUAGCUUCAGUGGGUGGGAGUAAGAUUAACAAGUGCCAUUUAUAGUGGUUCAUGUUCCCCAUUGGAGCUCAUGCUGAAAGGGGCUGAGACUUGUCUGGAGAUAGAAAGGCAGCCUAGUUAGUACAUAUGCUUACCACCAAUGACUGAUGGGCACCAGCCCCUUACAGUUUGGCGUUAAAGGACCACUAUAGGCACCCAGACCACUUCAGCUUAAUGAAGUGGUCUGGGUGCCAGGUCCACCUAGGAUUACCCCUUUCUGCUGUAAACAUAGCAGUUUCAGAGAAACUGCUAUGCUUGCUUUCGGGUUAAUUCAGCCUCUAGUGGCUGUCUCAUUGAGGGAAAGGAGGAGGAGGAGGAGAAUCUCCAGCACAGAGGGAGCCCGGCGCUGGAGAAAGGUAAGUUUAACCCCUUUCUCUCCAUCCAGCCCGGUGGAAGUGGGACCCUGAGGGUGGGGGCACCGUCGGGGCACUAUAGUGGUCCUUUAACCCUAAAUUGGGAAUUCCUAGUAAAACACAAUAAACAGAUUGUCACCGGUUAGACAUCACUUGAUGUACAUUGUGUAUUAAAUAACCAAAAAAUACUCCCCUUUGACAUUAUUGUUUACCCCCAGGAAUUAUAGCUCCUGUAGUAAGGAGAGCCCAGACUGGAGACUAACUGGCAUUCCCAUUAUCUCUGAGAGUGCUAAGUGUGUCAUGAAAUAGAAAAACUAAUAUUGCCUAAGUUUGCUGGUAACUGCUGAUUAUAUUCUACUUCUAUAGCAACAACUCCUUUCAUACUUUUCAUGACUGGACCUAUAGAUAUGGCCGCAUAUGUGCAUGGACUUGGCAUGAUUUAGGAGAAUGAAUUGUAGCACUCUUGCUCAGUGCAUAUUUUGUAUAUUUUGAUAGCUGAUAACACAGAAAUCCAGCUUUAUAUUUGGGUUCUUUUAAGCAGGAUGAUCGUCGUCUAAGGCAGUGUUCCCCAAUCCAGUUCUUAUGGACCACCAGCAGUCCCAGCUUUGUGUCCCUGUCUUGUUCCAAUGGAGAUACUGACAACACCUGGACUGUUGGUGGUCCAUGAGGACUGGAUUGGUGAACAAUGAUCUAAGGAACUAAGCAAAUUCUGAAACUAGUUUUGAAAAUAACGCUGUAGUGGACUGCUAGUUACAAGACAGAACUUUAAACCACGAUCUCACAUGGAACAUGUGGAAGUCCCUGAAAAGGAAUGUCGUAAAACCCACCUUUCGGGAUUGGCACACUGUUGCAUAUGUUGUAACAUUGUCUCUCUUUAUAGAUAAAAGUUGUGCAAUUAAUUGUUUGGGUUUUAAAAACGAAUACUAUUUAAAUGGGCACUGUCGUGUGGAUUUUUCGCAUAACCCAAUAGCGAAUUUUGAAUUUGGUUGGAUUUUUAUGUUUCUGCUUUUUCCACAUAGAUGCCUAUUUGCACGUGGAGCACACUGGAACAUUGCCCUAGAAGUGCUGUCGAGGGCACAUUUGUUCUAUACCUACCACUGCUGCACUCCAACGGAUACCCCAGACCAGGGCCGGACUGGGACAAAGAUUCAGCCCGGGCAAUAAAGGCAGAGCAGCCCACUAGGAGGGGCCGUGCCAGAAAGGUUGAGUGUAAUGUCACCAUUGACACACUCAGCCCUCCCCCCACCAAAUGACUGUUUUGUGGGGAGCUACGUGUGGCUAGGGACUGUAGUGUGUGUUGUUUUUAUAGGGCCUGUGGAGUGUGUGGGCCUAGGGGAUGUAAUGUGUGCAUGUAAGGGCUGUACUGUGUAUUUGGGAGUGUAUCUAGGGUCUCUAGUGUGUGUGUGUGUGUGUGCGCAUAUAGGGACUGUAGAGCACACGUACAUAGGUGCUGUAAUCUGUACAGGGGAUGUAGAAUGUGUAUUUAUAGGGGACAUAGAUUAGUGUGUGUGCAUGCAUGGGGUGUAGUGUGUGUUUAUAGGGGUAUAAAGUAUGAGUGCAGGGAGUGUAGUGUAUGUUUAGGAGGUAUAUGGUGUAUGUGAGUGCCGGGGUUAUAGCGUGUGUGUAGUGUGAGUGCAUGGAGGGUGCCCGGCUUACUGCCCAAUCUCCCCUCUGGCCCAUGAUGGGACAGAACACCAUCUUGGGGCCAGUGCUCCCCUGGAUGGGCCGGCAGGGGAGAUCUCUUGAUCUUUCCUGCCGGCUUAGGCCCAUGGCCCUCGCGGCCCACUGGGCAUUUGCCCGAUGGCCAGUCCGAGCCAGCCCUAGACCUAUGAAUCACUUUAGCUUGCUGAAAACAUUUGAUUUAUUUAUUUUGAGCUGAUUUUAAUAGAAAUUGAUACUCUUAUAAAUUAACCUGGUUACACCCACUUGGCUGUCAAUCACACAACAGGUCCUGUUAUUUUUUUGGUUUGGUUAGCUCAGUUGAGCUAAGCUCCAGAGGUAGCAAUUUCCAUGAGCACCUACCUUGCAAAGACUUCUUAUUGAGUGGCAUUGAAAAACUGUUUGCUCAGCCGCAGAAAGUCUGGAGAGAAUUCAAAGAAAGCAGACGAGAACUGCAGGUUUUGCAAGCUGUUUUAAGAUAUCCCAAUAAAACAUGCAUAAUUAAAUGUAUGUUUUCAUUUGUGGUAUAUAUAUACUGUGACAGACCACCUGACACCCUGACUGCCUUCCUCUGCCAAUCACUGCUUCCUAGUAGACUUGAGUAUUAUAAGCACCUUAGCCGCCAUAGCUUGGUUGGGGUCUCUCUGUCCUCCACCCACCCUGGACCCAAGCCCAGGAUCCAGCUUUCAGUGGGUGGACCUCUCCUAUUCCAGAGAGUCUAGCAGGUAUAGCUGUGUAGCUCUUACAAGCGCUAGUGAUCAUAGCCAGUGUAGCAUGUUGAGGGUGAAGUGAACAGACUUUAAUGGGACCAUACUUGGCCUUUCAUGACAGUCCCAAUGCAAGGGGCACCCCCCCCACCCCCCCCCGGACCUGAGACUAAACCAUAGUAAAAAAAAAUACUCAAUCAAAUUGGCUCUCAGAUCCAGGACACUCCCAUACAAACUAGGUCAAUCUCUCCUCUGUACCUGGGAGAUAAUUGAGUCAAGUACUGUAUUAACUCAAUUAUCUCCAGACACAAAGUGCCGAACCAGGGGGAAUAAAAUAUGGGUCUUUACAGUCGCUGACAUGGCACAUAGUCUUUUGGCAGGAGGCUGGAAAGCAGGCCCCUCCAAAAGCCUGUUGCAAGGUUCUGUUCGCCACAUAUACUAUACAAUGAUCUUUCUUUAUUUUGUAUUUGGGCAGGAGUGUGUCCCUUUAAGUAGUUUGCGGGGGUGUGGGAAUGUCAUCUUGAGACUGUAUAAUAACAGUAAUGUAACUUGAAUAAUUGGUGAAGGGGGUUCUCCUCGUACUUCUUUUAUCUCAUGAUGCUAGGCACAUAGGUUUUGCUCACCCCCCUCCCCUUCCUCUCUCCAACAGGAAGAAAAAGAAGAUAUAGAGGAAAUGUUUGUCAAGGAUUUCCUAGUAAAUCUCAUAGGCUUGCAUGCCCCUGAAUCUAAACAUGCACUUGGGCACUAUAGCAUUGGGAAUACAUAUUUGCAUUACUAAACCUGUAGUGUUCCUUUUAUUUAUUUUUUUUAUUUUUUUUUAAAGCUUUGCUUCUAUUCCCUUCUUAAAUAUAAUGGACCCCUUCUUGGUUUAUUUUUUUUACCUUCUAAGUGAAUCCAUACAGUUGGAAACUCACAUAAUCUCACAAAGAAUAACACAAUCUGCUUAAAGAUAACUUCUCUGGAAGAGAAUGUGUUUAUUUUUUAUUUUAUUUUUUUUUAAUUUUAUUUUUUUAUUUCCUUCCCUGUAAAAGCUACUAAAGUGCUUUGGGGUGGGGAUUUGGGGGCUAAAGCUCAAGAUGUCCGACUGAAUACAUGGUUGUGUAGCAUGUGCUUGUUUUUUUGUUUUCAUUGAGAUCCAGGACAGCAGCAUGCUGGUCAUGGGUAGCAAGAGGUGUGGAUAUGUCAUGACCUAUCCCCACCUUUCUGUUAGGGUAGGGGUCAUUGAGUUUUUUUUCAUUUCUUCUCAACGUAGGUAAAAUCACACUUUCUUCUGUUGCACCUUCAUCCCAUGGGUGACAUGAUAACCCCAUGAUGCUCUAGUAAUGCAUUAUGAACGCUUGGGCAUUCCUUUCAUUGUGCCAUACAAGUGCAUGCAACACUGUGGGGAGGGUUACAAAUUAAACUUGAUUUCUUUUCUUUUUUUCUUUUUUUCUUUUUACAAUUUUCACAAUAAUUGUAUAUAAUUAGUGCAUCUUAAAUAGUGUAAUUAAAAAAUUCAAUUAUUGGUCCCAAUUUACAGAAUAUAUCACAUGCCUAGGAUUUCAGUUUAUUCGUGGUAGUUGCAUCUCACAAACUACAAGGAGUGAAAUACUGUCUGUGUGGUAUGAUUUUAGAAUUUGGCAUGGUUGUCUUCUAAGCUUAGUAUCCAUUGCAGAAAACAAAAUUGCCACACAAAAAUAUAUAUUUCUAUAAAGUAGACAUCUUGGUCUAGUUACCUAAGGAUAUUUGAAACUUUGCACCUCAAGAAGAUGCAAAGGAGCAUUGCAAUGCGUCAAAAAAAAUUCCAGUUACUUGUAAGGCUUUUAUUACGGUUUUAAAAUAAAUAUUAUUUGUACUAUUUUAUACUGGUUUUGCUUUCUUUCUUCCCUUCCCUUCCCUUCUACAGUGGGCAAAGAUGCCCUCAUAAUCCAGUGCAAGUUUCAUAUCACACAAAGACUAUACUAUCUGAGCCAGUUAAGAAUAACAGGCUCAAGGAAAUGUGAGUGCGAUACCUACUAUAUAUUGUGUGUGUGUGUGUGUGUGUAUAUACCAAUCUCCACAUAACGUAUGCUGUUGGGUUGCCCUAUGUGAGUUUUUCUUUCAUUUGUAGUGGGAAUCUAAAUUCAUUUUAUGGUACAGUAUUUUAUAAUUCUUAUAACUUGGUGCACACAUAUAAGUGGUGUAUAUUUCCAAUAGAAGGAAAAUCUAGACCUAUAAAUUGACUUUGUUUUAGCUCUUGAUUAGAUGUAGUAUUUCGUGUGUGUGUUGUGGUUAAGGUUUGGCUUCUUUGUGAGUCAUACAGAUGUAGUUUAUAUGAACUGAGGGACAUGGCACAUUGUUUACUGUAGCUUUGACAAACUUAAAUACACUGUGAGCUGGCUUUCUGUGCAUGCAUAAUAUUUGAAUUUCCAAGCUUCCCUUCAUGCCAUCUGGGUCAUAUGAAAGUCCUAGUGCUGGAGUGUGUGUGUGUGUGUGUGUGUGUAUGUGUGUGUGUGUGUGUGUAUCUCACACACCGAUAAAUAAAAAAAAUAAUAGAUACUUAUACUGAGAGGCCAGUGUUGCAUAUUUAUCUCUGGCACAUUGUACAUUUCAGUAAGUGUAUGACACAUAAGGUGCAUAGUUUUCAUAUGUAACAAAUCAGUAGCAGUAAUUGCACUAGGUGGAGAAUUUUGACUAUUUGUAUGUAAAACAUAAUUAAAAGAAAAGAAACCUGCAGACUUCAGGAUAUAGGUUAGCUGAUUGAAUGGCAAGGCCGAAUGUCAGAAAACUGAGUGCCUAUGGUGGGCUUGUAAACCUUAAGCUGUUGUUAAGACCAGGAGCAUCUGUGACAUCUAGACCCCAGGGGGAUGUUGUAAAAAUUGUGAAAGGUUUGAUAAACCUUUUGUAGAUAACCAUCAGUCGUUUAACAUGUUGUUGUCCAACAGGUAUGGCUGCUUGUGUUAAGUUACAAGUGUUUUUGCAGUGAAUUUACGUGCCAUAAACAGUGUCAGGUCUAGUAUCACCAGGUAUAACUAAACCCUAGGAGGGUAUAGCAAAAUACAUAAAGUAGAGACCUUAUAAUCCUAGAAUGGAGUGUUAGCUUUUUACAGGAUUAGAACUGGAUUGUAGUAACUGGUAAAAUAUAUUAAAAACAUGUAACAUAAGCUAUGCGAUAUAAGAAACUUUUGAAAGACAAAUGGGAAAACCCCUGAAGUGUUAGGGUCAAAGUCCUGUGAGACUACCUUUCUAUAGAUAACUUACCAAGGUUAUGGAUGGUGGACUGAAACAUCUGGGUUCUUGGCUCAGAGGGAGAACAAUGGGCUUGGACACCACUCAGGACAGGUGAGCAGGGGUUUGCAAUCGUAUAUGCAUUGCCAGAAGUUAGCACAGAUGUCUUCAUAUUUCUUACAAAAGGCUUAUUCCCACCUCUGAACAGUAUCCCAGGCUCUGAGGUGUUUAGAGGCAGAUGAGGAGGCAAUCUUGGAUUGAUCACGAUGCCAAAGAGUGGCUGUUUUGUUAGGGGGGUUGACAAGCCACUUAAUGGGCUUCAUAAGUGGGGAACGGGGAUAACACCCACUGUUCCAGAGGGGGGGACAACUGGACUCAAAAUGCAAUGAUGUACAGUUCUCCUCGGGGGAUCAUCCAUUUCUCCCACCCGCAAAGGCUGCCUGUGAUCCUGGGCUUGACCAGAUGCUGCAGGAGUAUAUAUAUAUGUUUCUGCCAGAGAGUAGUUACUUAGGUGAGUGUAGCCUGGACAAUGGAGCUACAAGAAAAUGCAUCCAGAUAUCUAGGCUGCAGGCUCUCCCCUUAGUUUGGCUAUUUUGCCCUUAAAGGGACAUUCCAGGCUCCCAGACCACUUCUGCCCAUUGAAGUGGUCUGGGUGCCAACUCCCACUACCCUUAACCCUGCAAGUGUAAUUAUUGCAGUUUUUUAUAAACUGCAAUAAUUACCUUGCAGGGUUAACUCCACCUCUAGUGGCUGUCUACUAGACAGCCACAAGAGGGCACUUCCUGGUCCAUAGCACAGAAAACCUGUGCUAGAGCGUCGCUGGACGUCCUCACGCUGUGUGAGGACCUCCAGCGUAGCUCAAUUCCCCAUAGGUAAGCAUUGAAAAGCAUUUUCAGUGCUUUCCUAUGGAGAGCUCUAAUGCGCAAUGCUGCGCAUUAGGCUUCUGCGGGUGGGAUCAGUCUCGCCCACUGGCUGACGUAAUGAAGAGGCGUGGCGGUGACCCAAAACCACCUCCCUCGACGGGGGUCUCAAGUAAGUGACUGAAGGGGUUUUCACCCCUUCAGCAACCGGGGAUUGGGAGGUGGGAGGGAGAGGGGACCUUCAGUGGAGAGUCCCUUUAAAUCUGAAAUAUUCUUUGAAUCCACUUCGAAUUCCAGGCUAUUAACACUUUUAGUGAGUAUCCCUAUGUUAUGUUUUGACAUAACAGAAUCACUUUGGGCAUGGAGCAAGGCUCAUUAUGUGAGUUAAUCUGACCUAACAUUUAAUAAAUAUUUUAAAUAAUUUAUCUAUAGUUAGAAUAGAAGACGAGCAUCUAACAAUGUUCUAAGCACGGAAUUUCAUGGCUCUGUGAUAUUGGAGAAAUUCUAUAUUUGUUUACAUAAACACUUUGAUCACUUUACUAAGUGUAACUCUAUAUACAAAGCCCUCUAGACAUAGAAAAGAGCCUCAAUUCAUGUUUGACCAGACCAUUUUGAAAGGAGAAGUUGGGUGAUUUGACUUAUCUUGGAAUAAUUGUUUGUGACAGAUGUGUUGGUUCUAUGUCUCUGGAACUGCUGACUUAAUGGACGUUUCACAUGUACUAAUGUGUAUAGUGUAUCUUUUUUUUGUGUUUAUCCAUUGUUUUUCAUAGAGAAGCAGUAGGGACCAGAUGCAUAAGCAUGGCACACUCAUUCAGUCAAAUGCUCUCUGAGAAUCAUGUGACUGAAGAACAGCCUCUCGGUUUUUGCAGCAGAAGUGCCUCUAAUGACUGUCAGACACUAGAGGGGUGUUUUAAAAAUGCAAUGAAAACAUUGCAGUUUCUACAAAAUGGCAAUAUUUUACAUUGUAGGAUUAGAAUUAAUAGAGCACUGCACUCAGACCACUUCUUUGAGAUGAAGUGGUCUGGGUGCCUAUAGUGCUUGUUUAAUAGACCUAUUCAUCCUACAUAUUGAAGUAGACAUUCUAUACAACCAUACAGUGCAGAAAUCACCAGAAACACAAAUGGAUUUCUGCAACUGGCACUUUUGUUUCACUUGUGGUGUAACUGCCCCUUCAUCCAUCGUCCUGUCUAAGUGGUUAGGUGAUUUGUGUCCCUAUUGCAAAAGUUCCAAGGAUAUUGCAUCUUAAUCGUAUGAUUACAUUUAAUUUGCAUAACUUGUCCUUUUGACAUACUUUAAAGAGUCCAGAGCACGCUUGUUUCUCUUUUCCUUUUAGCCUGGCUACUUAUGCAUUUUAAUGUGCUAUAUUUAUUUGGGAUUUAUGAAUUCGUAGAUAAACACCUCAGAGCCCUUUUUAGAUACCAGUAAUGGAACAUGUCCCAUAGUUUCACCAUCGCUAUAAAAUGUGUGGGUUCAUAAGCCAACAAGAGUGUGCUGAAGGUGUCUACAUUAUCUCCAUGCUUGCACAAGAAGUUCUCUUCUUCUGUUGUACCAUUGCCAGGAUUGUCUGAUCUAUGCAUCUGUUACUGGCACUCACAAAUGAAAUACUUACUUGUAUUUCUUUAUUUAUGUAUGUAGUAUGUAUAACAUCUCCAUGGACAAGUGUUGGUUGUUGUGGUUUUUGUUUGUUUUUGUUUUUUUGGGGGGGAGGGGAGUGGGUCUCUUCCUUUCUCAAAAUCAGGCCUUUCACUAGGUGUACCUAUCUACAUUCAUCAUGAGCUGUUCUUUCUGAGGUGUGGAACAACAGACUCUUUUUAUAUGAAAGCUUGACACAGUCUCGGUGGCAACCACACCUUUUUAUCAUUACAAAUUACACUGUGCUGGUACUGCAAUACCUGUCCCUGUGUUUUUUUAUAAUGCAACAAAACAUUUAAUUUUUUUUUCUACUACUGCAGCCAUUUUUAUUUAUUUUUUUUAGUUUAUUCUAAAUAUCUAAUAUCAAUGUGCAUUCGAUUAAAUUUGCCUAUUCCUUGAAUUCGGAUGCUUCUCAAAAUCCUACACUGGCUUCCAGUAAAUUUAAUAAUCUCUGCUCUUCUUAAUACAGACUAAACACUUCCCUUCUCUACCUCAAUUAAAAGAACACUCCAAUCACUAUAAACAUUACAAAACUAUUCGACUAACUACAUAGUGGGGUGUGCAAACCUUUUCAUAAAUUAGAGACAUUUUAGCGUUUUGAUUGGCAACACUUUAAAAAUACAUGAUAAUGUGUUCUUUUAACACACUAUUUUGUCUGACACAAUUAUUGUGACUAUUGGUAUAUAGUUAAUAAUAGCAUAAUAGCAAUGCUUAUUGAUGCAUAUUGACGUUUCACACACUGUUCAUUUUUAUUACUUUUUUUUUUUUUUUAACCCGUUUGUGGCUGAUUGGUACAUAUCACACAAGUCUGAGAUUUCAAUAAGGUCUAAAACUAUUUUUUUUUUUUUUUUUACAUGUCCAAUGUCCUAUAGGUUGUUAUCAAAAACUACUGUCAGAAUGGAACUUCCCAAUUAUUGAUGAGGAUUAAACAAAUUCAUAGAAUAUUCUUUUUAUAUAGCGCUAAAAUUAUUUUUUCUUUUUAGUGGCCAAUGACCUGUUUGGGAUUGAUGCACGAAAUGUAACCAAACCAUACACAAGUCGAUGGAUAAAUUUACUGAACAUCUAGUAGAUAAACCUCCAAUAAAGAUCAGUUUCAUGAAUGCAUAACAUGGGAACAUAUAUAUUUAUUAUAUAUUUUAUAGUACUUCCUAGAAAUUUGAAAUUUCCAGUUGUAUAACAUAUUUGACUGCUUUUAACCAUUUAAACAGUGAUUUCAUGUGGAGAAUGUAGAAUUUCUGAGGAUUGAAAUAUGUUUUUAUUUAGAAAUUCCUAGAAUGGAUUACAAAUUUCAAGUGACAUUUACCCUACCAGUGAAAUCCUUCUUCUCUCAUAACUCACAGUACAUGUAACCCAUGAGUUACAAGAGCAACACCUCAAAAAUAUACAUAGAAUUAAAACUUGAAGGUUGUCAUCAAUAAUGCAGUAAUGUCAGAAGCCUGGAGCGAUCAUAGAUAACCUGUAAGAAUUGACAUUUUGGAUUAAACUGCCAGCAGAUCAGAUGAUCUAUCAUUCAGAGCUGUUCCAGUAGAAUGCGUGGAAGAAAGAACAUGAUGUCAAUCUGUGAAGUUGUUGAAGGAUAGAAAGAUAGUCACUAGACUUGUGCAUUUGAUACAAUUUUGGGCAAUCUGCAAAAUGUGUUAUGGACAAAUUCAAAAUAGACAAUGGAUGAAAAGUUUUUUAGUAUGUUUUAGCAAUUCAGAGUUUAGCUGUCCGCGGCACCACAAAAAGUUUAUAACAGUACAAAAGAUGAUUGACGGCUAAUAAAUGCUAGUUUUAUUCACAGAUCAAGUAAAAAAAAAAAAAAAAAAGUUAUCAUUGCUUGCGUACAUGUAUUCAGUCUGGCUUCCACGCUCAUCACUCUGUUGAAACAGCUGUGACCAAAGUAUCCAGUGAUUUAAUCACUGCUAAAUCUCCAGGCCAUUACUCUAUCCUAAUUCUCCUUGAUCUUUCUGCUGCCUUUGACACUGUUAAUCAUCAACAGCUUCUUCGUAAUCUCGGUCUACGAGAUACUGCUCUUCCCUGUUACUCCUCCAACCUCUCCCAGCGUUUUUUCAGUGUUUCUUUCUCGGGCUCUGCCUCUUCUCCCCAAUCCCUCUCUGUUGGUGUCCACCAAGGUUCAGUCCUUGGUCCCCUACUGUUCUCCAUCUAUACUGCUUCCCUUGGUAAACUCAUUAGCUCUUUUUGAUUCCAGUAUUAUUUAAAUGCAGAUGACCCACAAAUCUACCUGUCCUCUCCUGAUCUCUCUCCGCCCAUCUUGACUCUUGUCUCUGACUGUCUCGCCACAAUUUCCAACUGGAUGGCUACUCACUUCCUUAAACUCAACCUGUCCAAAACAGAACUUCUGGUCUUUCCUCCCUUAAGUGUUGCUACUCCCGUGUCUGUCUUCCUCCAAGUCAACGGUGCUACAAUCACCUCUACCUUGCAGGCUCAGUGCCUAGGUGUCCUUUGACUCCGACCUCUCUUUCAUCCCUCAUGUCCAGUCAAUCGCCAAAUCCUGCCACUUCCAUCUCAAAACCAUAGCUUGCAACCGCCCCUAUUUAACACAAGAUGCGGCUAAGGUGCUGGUCCAUGCUGUUGUUCUUUCUCAUCUUGACUACUGCAAUCCCCUUCUCAGUGGUCUUACGUGUUCCCAGAUUGCAACGCGGUGGCAAGGCUUCUUUUCCUGUCUGCCCACACCUCCCAUGCCUCCCCUCUCUGUCAAUUCCUACAAUGGCUUCCAGUUAGAUAUAGGGCUCAAUUUAAGAUUUUGGUGCUUACUUACAAGUCCCUACAUAAUACUGCUCCAACCUACCUAUCCUCCCUAAUACACAAGUAUGUCCCGUCGAGGCCCCUGCGCUCUGCCAAAGACCUACAUCUAUCCUCUGUCCGUACUCCAACAUCUGAUGCUCUCUUCCAAGACUUCUCCAGGGCUGCACUAUUUUUUGUGGAGCUCCCAUCUCUUCUCCGUUAGACUUUCAUGGAGAAGAAAGUCUUCAAAAAUCUUUGGAAGCAUAUCAUUUAAACAGUUAGUGGAUUUUCAUUCUCCCCCCCCCCUCCCCCUCCAUUACUGCUCUCUUGCAACUGUCAAAAAUAACCAGUGAAUACUUUUCUAGCAACCUAUUUCCUUACCCUUACUUAUACCCUUUGUGUCACUAUACCCCACUCCCUCUAGCAUGUAACCUCAUUGAGCAGGGCCCUCAACCCCUCUUAUCCUUUGCGUCCAUUUGUCUGAUUACAAUUGCGUGUCUGGUAGUCCACCCAUUGUACAGUGCUAUGGAAUUUUGCUCGCGCUAUAUAAAUAAGUUGCUGUAGUCUAUUAGAGGAAAGAGAAGAGGUACAUCCUAAGAAAAUGAGAAUGGUAGGAUCCAGACAAAUAGCGCUGGUUUAGAAGUCCACUGGAUGAAAUAACAGCUUCAUUUUAAUGAAGUAUCUAUGGAUUCUGUUACCACCUGCCUGGGAUUUUUCAUAUAAUUUUAACAUAUUUAUUACAAAUUGUGAAAAUAUAUUCCAAUGUUGUAUCAAAUUAUAAACUGAAUGUCCAGGAUGUUUGUGUCACACUAACUCCAUAAUGCACAAGGUAUUGCGUGUGGUGUUUUUGUUUUGUUUUUUACAGUGAGGAUUUUUUUGUCCAUGUGUGCGUCUACUCAAGACCUGUUGGGAGGCAUGCUUUCAUAUCGUCUGAGGAAAGACUUGUGCUAUUAAAGAAUAAUUAUAUGUUUUACUUGGUUGUGACACAUUGGUUUCAGUUAAGUAUUGGCUGACAUUCUUAAUGAAGUAAUCAUGAGCACAUUGAAAUGGGGUGUGUCAAUACAUUAGGGUGUUCACCCUAAUAGAAAGGAAUGUUUAAAUCUGUUUUUCUAUUUUAAUCCAUGGUGACAAGAACUUUAUUUAAUCCAUUGUGACAAACCCAAUUUAUUUAACUUUAAUGGCCCUGCUACCUUUGUGUAUUGACUUUCUAUGGUAAACCAUUUACUUGGAUAAUCUAACUCUGAAAACCUAUCGCCAUAAGGUGAACAGGCUGGUGUUUUAUACACCGGGCAGCAAAUUAUAGUGUACUAAAAAGUCAUACCUCUCAAGUGUCCCUAUUUAGGAGGAACGGUUCCUAUGUUGGGUCCCUUUCUCUCUUUCUAUCCUAAUGUCCCUCAUUUCUAGGAGUUCCAUAUUGUUGGUGUGUCUGAGUGUAUAACAGAUCUCCAGGCAUAGGCGUGCGCAGCCUAUUGCAUAAAUCCGUUACAUACAUUUGUUACUAGUAAGUCGCCCAAAAUGUCUCUGAACAGAAACAGCCCACAUCAACUCCCCUAAAAUUAAAGUGUCCCUCUUUUUCUUAAUUUUGGGAGGUAUGCAAAUAUCAAACUAAAGGCCAAAGUAGCUAAGAAUAUCUCUAACUCUCCUACACAAUCACAAUCUAAGAUUAUUUUUUUUUAAUGUAAUACCAUGUAUUGCUUUAGCGAAUAAACACUUUAUUUCUGCUUUACCAACUACCGUAUAUACUCGUGUAUAAGUCGAUCUCAUGUAUAAGUCGAGUGCAGUUUUGUGACCAACAAUUGUGAAAUAUGCUAUGCCUCGUGGAUAAGUCGAGGGUAAAACAUGGGGCUAUGAAAUUCUGUGAUUUUUAUAAUUAUAUACACACACACUCAUACAAACACACACUCUGCAUUAUAUACACACACACUUAUACAAACACACACUCUGCAUUAUAUACACACACACACUUAUACAAACACACACUCUGCAUUAUAUACACACACACUUAUACAAACACACACUCUGCAUUAUAUACACACACACUUAUACAAACACACACUCUGCAUUAUAUACACACACACACUCAUACAAACACACACUCUGCAUUAUAUACACACACUCUGUGUAUAUAAUGCAGAGUGUGUAUUUGUGUAGUGUGUGUAAACUGGGUGGGGGGAGGGCAUUUUUAUUUAAAUUUUUUUGAUUUUAAUAUUAUAAUUUUUUUUUUAUUUUUUUUUGUCACCCCUCCCUGCUUGUUAACUGGUCAGGGAGGGGGGCUAUCUUAAUCCCUGGUGGUCCAGUGGCAUGGGCUGUGAAGUGGGGGGGCCGGCAGGAAGCAUUUACUUACCUUUCCUGCAGCUCCUGUCAGCUCCCUUCUCCUCCGUUCCGGUCAGCUCCACUGUAAGUCUCGCGGUCUGGUUGCCGCGCGGAUCGUUGCCAUGGCUCUGACGGCCGCGGCUCUCUAAGUUGCCAUAAUACAGACAGUAACUCGAGUAUAAGUCGAGUGGGGGUUUUUAAGCACAAAAAAUAUGCUGAAAAACUAGACUUAUACUAGAGUGUAUAUACUGUAAUUGAUUGAAAAGUGCUUCCUUUUUCCUACUCUUAGUGUUAAUGAUUUAUUUAAGAAAUUUCUUGUUGUACAUGACAAGGAAGUUUUAUUACACCAAAAAGUUCACAAGAGCAACUUGGGAUCACUUCAAGAAAAGUGGAUGUUUUUGAUCUGAUUGAUCAAGCGGUUUCAUUAAACAGGGGUAAUGUUAAAAAGCUGUAAAAUGGUGAAAAUUAAUAAGAAACUCUGUAAGGGCUUGCAAGUGUAGUUCCUAACCACCUAUCCAUCAGUCACUCUAUCUAGCGAAGUCUAAAACUACAUUGCUCAAGACUGAUGUUCUGGUAGUGUGCCCUGAGCAGAUCCCCAGUGUAGAAAUGCGUCUGUUACACUGCAUCCCUGAAGAAGUGAGUACAGGACUCACGAAACGCGUAGGAUUGAGAAACUGAGACAUCAAACCAGCUCGGAGACAGAGAGAACCCACUGAUGAUUAGGUUCCAGCUUGUGAUUCCUACAAAGCUGUUUGUUUGAACGAAGCGCACAGCGUUUUACCCACCCAGGAUAUUGUACUGGAUGUUUUUACUUUUUGUUCUACUUCAACUUUUUAUUUUCUACUGACUUGUCCACAACAAUCAAUUGAGGGAAUCUGCAACUCCUUUGCAGGAUCUACAUAAAUAGGAGGAUGGUACACAUCCAUUAACCCCUUCACUACCAGACGCAGCAGGAGUGCACUCCAGUAUCUGGAAUCAGGUUUCUAUUUUAUUUUAUUUUUUUCACUUCAUAUUCUCAUAAACUUUUGGUGUAUUUUUGUAUAUAAUGACUAUUUGUUUUAUUUGAGUUGUAUACAGCAGUAGAUACCCCAGAGUGGGAUCUUCAUCUGUUGAACCGGAUAUUCUAUUUACCUACUAACAUUUUAUUUAGAUUUUUUUUCAGGUUUUUUUUUUUUUCCUAAACACAUAUUUGCCUGUCAUGAUAAUUUAAAUAAAGCCUCUAUUUUUUUACUUACUCUAGCACAGUGAUGGUGAACCUUUUUGAGCCCGAGUGCCCAAACCGCAAUACAUGCCAACUUUUUUUUUUUUUUCUCAAAGUGCCAACACGGCAAUUAAACCUGAAUACUGAGAUUUAAGUUUAGAAAAAACAACUUGUACAGUUGUCCGAACUAGUUAACAUCCUUUUGUUUUAAAAGACACAACAGAGAGUUCAAUAAUACAAAUUUUAAAUAAUGAUAUUCAUAGAUAAAAUUAAGCUUAUAUUUGUUAGUAUCUCCAACAAAUGCAAUGCAUACACACAGCUGAAACAUUUCACACACCGACUGCUUAAUACAGACACAGACUGCUAAAUACACACAGUCCGCGAUACACACACACACACACACACACACCUACGCACAGUCCGCUGAAUACUCACACGCACACACACACUGCUGAAUACACACAUACUGCAUUGAGGGGUGCUGUGUGUGUGAGAGGUGCUGUGUGUGGGGGGGUAGGGGUGCUCAGUUGGGGGGGGUUUAAGAUAUAUUUUAAAAAAAAAUUAUUAUUUUUUUUAAAAGCAUAUUGAAUCAGUAUUCCCGCCCCCCUCUUCCUCCCUUCAUCUUACCUUUUGGUGAAGGGGGGGGGGGGAGGGGAACACAGCCAUUGUAUUAGUAAAUUUUGUUGAAAGACUAAUUUAGGUCUUUCAGCCUUUUAGUAGAUAACGCCCUCAUUCCCAUGGUUUUAGGGAGUUAUCUACUUAUUCAUUCCUGUCAUUACAUUGACUGGCUAAGUAACUUACAUUUUAUAUGAAUGUGUGUUACUUGAUUGUUGUAAGUGUUGCAAAUGCUUACAGCUGAAUCCUGGCUAUGUUUGUAUACUUUUUAUUUAAAAUUGUGUACAGUUCAUUCUUUCACUGGGUAAGUAUAUUAGUUCUUAGGCAAUACUGUACUUGGGAACUUCGGCAAUUCGGUAAUUUCGGGACUUCAACCAUUUGGCAAUUCAGCAAUUCAUCUAUUCGGACACUUGGAAGUACCCGAAUGUCCAAAUUCACAUAAGAUCAUUUUUUAUUUUUUUUUAUUUUUUUUUUUCAAACCCCAAAAGCAUCUUCAACGCAACCUUUUAACAGGAACAGCUAUGUUUUUGGUUGUCAGCCUCUUGACUCUAAUGGCAAUACAAUAGCAUAUUGCACUUGCAUUAUUGUUGUUUUACAUCUUCCUUGUGUUUCUUGGUAAUGUCUUUUGUAUGAACACUCUGUGUUUUAAAAAAAAUAUAUAUAUAUAUAUAUAUAUAUAUAUAUAUAUAUAUAUAUAAUUUUUUUUUUUUUAAUUGUUUAUUUUCUUGGCUGUAAUACUCUAUUUGUGUAUUUGAAUGUUGUAUAGUUAACAUUGCUUUGAUAUAUUCUCAAUUGAAAGGUUUCAUAUUCCAUGUGGAAAUAAACAUGUCUACCCACACUUGAUUUGGUGCCAUAAAAGGGGCCAACAUAUGAAUGUCCCAACUAUUUUGGGAGGUAUCCAUUUGAGAUCUAGAUAGAUGGGCCAGUGACUAACCCAGAAACCCAAUUAAAGGUUAAAAACCCCUUCAUCGCCAAUGUUCCUCGGUGCUGUUUCAGGCUCCUCCGCCGCUGGCAGAGGGGACCUAGUGAGCAUGUGCGGCAAGUGCCGUGCUCGCAUUAGGACUUCCCCCGUAGGAAAGCCUUAAACAAUGUUUUCCUAAUGGGGUUUGGGUAAUGCUGAUGUCAUCAUGCAGAGCGUGUGGACGUCCAGCAGCAGGUGACCAAACCACCUGGAAGUCCCUCUAGUGGCUGUUUGGUAUACAGUCACUAAGAGAUGGAGUUAACCCUGCAAGGUAAUUGUAGCAGUUUAUCAAUAACCAUAUAAUAACUACAAUUGCAUGUUUAAGGGGCCUGGGACACUUCACCCUGACCACUUCAAUGAGCCAAAGAGGUUUGGGUGCUUAUAAUGUACCUUUAAUGUAAUUGCUCACAAAUAUUUUUUUACUUUUUUUUUUUUUCUUGUUGAUUUCUUCACUUUUUUGGUCACAUGAACUUACCACCCUUCAGAGUCACAUGGACGAUGGUGAUUGGCUAAGAGUAUCAGCUGAUCAAUAUCAGCCUGUCAUAGCAGCCCUUUCCUUUGCCGAUAUGAGUUGGUAUUGCUUGAAGGUUUAAUCUCUGCUUUAGCCAUAUCUCAAGUAGGGGCUGGGCUGUGGGGACCAGAAACAUUCUUUGUGUUGCUUGAAAAUGGUUUAACAUAGAAAUUCAGUGAGUUGAAGUGGUUAUAGUGCCUAGUGUCCCUUUUAAUAGACUAUGGAUAAGAGCACUUUAUUUUUUAAAUUGUCCUUUUGAAUCCAGUGAGUCCAUAACAAAGUUCCCACAAUACUAAUACUGAAUUUUAUUUAAACAAGGGUCAGAGAAAAGUACUGUAUCUACAAGGAUUUAAAAAAAUCAAAAAAAAAUCUGCUUUACUGUGCAGGGUCAGUAAAACUAUUUUUAAAUACUUACCCGUAAAUGUGCUGUCUCUUAAUCUAAUGUACACUGAAAGUGGGUGGUUGUUGGGAUUUUUUGUUUUGCUUACUUUAAUCUUCACAAGGGUUGAGCAAAUACCUUGUUGUGCAUAUCCUGAAAUGGCUAAUAAACAGCUUCUUUAUUCAUAGGGAAAUGUUUGUGCUAUAUUUUUAUUACACAAUAGCAUGUUUGCAACAUACCAUAUCUAUGAUGUAUUGCACUGCAACAAAUACUGUACAUUGUUUACACGUGUACUGUAUGCACAUUUUGGUGAACGAGUGCUAGAUUAGUGUGUCACUAAAUGUAUUGUAUGUCGUACCAGUGGAAAUCUACUAAAACCUACUUAGGAACCCAUUUUUGUUGGUUACAAUCCAAGAUUAAAGGAAGCUGCAGUUAUAUAGUAGUUUGAAAGUAUGUCCCUCUUUCACACUUUUUAUACAAGUUAUGUUCUCAAGAAAAAUCAUAAUUUUUAUAAAGGUUCUAAGUUGCACCCUCUUUGGUGUCAGCCGAGAGUGUUCUUCCUCUCAUGAUUUUCUCCAGCACAGAGUGGAAGCCAAAAGUUCUCAUAGGACACCUGUACCCUCCAUCCCAGUGCAUUUCUGUGAGAAGGAUUCUGCUUUCUGGAAGAUCAUUAGUACUGAUGAUCUCACUGUGGAUGACGCAGAGCUGCAACUAGAUAGUCUCACCACUGGAUUAGGGGAUAAGGUAACCCCUUUUUUUCAGAAAGUGGAGUGCAAAAGGUGUCACUUUUCAGGCCCUUCAAUAUAGAUCACUGUGGCUCCCUUACGUAUGAUAGACCUUACCGACAGACAUCUGGCCCCAGUCGUCUGUAGCUUAUAGCGUUUAGGUGUCUUAGAUUCAGUUACAAAUUUAUUUUAGAAACUGUUAUUAGAAAUUAUUCUAGUUUAUAAUCUUGAAUUUCUUUUCUCACAAAGUUACAGUGACUCUUGAAUACAGACACCUCCCUGGGGCCCAGUGUGGAGCAGCUCCUCACUCCUUCCGCCCGCUGUUUAGUAUGCUGGGGCCGGAAUGAUGUCAUAUUCCGGCUCCCGGCAUCACAGAGGGCGUGCGAGGGUGGAGUGAGAGGCUGCAAGAAGAGCCUCCCUCGCCGUCUGCCUGCUCCAUCCCCUAUCCUCCGGUCACCGGCAUUUGAUGGCAGAGCAGGCACCUACUCUGCCAUACUGUGAGAGGGCUCCUCUGGGCGCCUGGAGUAGUUGCCCAGCACUGGGGGGGAAGGGGUGGCUCUAGAGUCGCUCGCCCAGCGCUGCGGCCCAGGACAGGGGGGCCCAGCAGGCCUAGUUCACCUAACGGUGGCGCCAGUCCUGCUUGAGUUGUUCCCCUGCUAUAUGAUGUACUGUAUAGCUGUAGUCCACAGAUUCUUUCGUUCGCACUGUCUGUUUGUAGCUCCAUAAAAGUUGAAAGGAGGAGUAUAAAGAUUUCUUGUUUACGGGCAACAAAUGGCUUUCUCCUAACUUAAACCUAAACCAUGAAAUUGCUGAGUUAACCUUUUAAAAUGUAACAAGUCUGCAAUAUAUGCUACCACACAGCUAGAAUGUAUAAUAAAUAAUCUAUCCACAAAAGGAACCUGGGAGAUGAAUGUGAAUGUGAAAUAACACUAGUGUUCCUUAUCUAACAAUCCAUAUCUCUGUGUGUGACUGAGCUCUAUGACUUUAAAUGCCUGGAAUUGUUUUCAGCCAAGACUGUUCUAGGGGCCGGUCUAAACUUUAACGGGGUGGCGUUUCUCCAUUGUAAUUUUUAACAGAAUAUUUCCAUUUUUGGCUUUAUAUUUAUUACCUUAAAUUUGAAAUUUAUGUUGAAUUCUCAGUUUAGUGAAUAGUGGCAUACGAUGAGCAUAAAUUCAAGUGUUUUUAUUUUAACUUAAAUUUGGUCAGUGCAUGAAUAUUUCUCAUUAAUGUCCUGGAAAACCUAGUUAUAACCUACUGUACGUGUGUUUCUAGGUAACAUGCCUCUGCAUCGUGGCUCAGUGUGAUGGUAUUUUUGUACCAUGUAUUGUAAAGCAAUCCAAGCCUGUUAUUACAGCAGCAAUCAAAUCAUUUUGUGGUACCAGGCAUAGCAGAUUAUUGUAGGGUUAUGGCUUUUGUCUACUAUGAGUUGCAUGAAUAGAUGCAAAUUGCUAAUGCACUAAAGCUAUAUUGAAAUCAUUGCUAGAAUAUAAAUGUUUUUUUGCCUUGAAACUAGGAAAUGUGAUCCCUUGAAUGACUAUCCUGCUAAUUGAGUUAUGUCAUUUCAUCAGUUUCGAUUUAAACUUUAACUAUUACUAUUCUUUACCAAGAAUAGUAGUAAUUUUACAAUAUCAUUACCACUUCUAAAAUAACAAGCAAAGAAGAAAAAAAAAAUAAAAAAAUUUGUUAUCCACAAUAAAUACAUAAACCAAUAUUAAUCUACAACCUCAUUAAAAUAACUAAGUAAAGCAAAACACCGCACUGCACCAAUCAGCAUCUCCUCAUUGAGAUAAACUGGUAAACUGAUUCUAUGCAUCUCUAUGGGAAAUGUUGAGCGUCUCCAUGCCGAGCAUUGUUGUGCAGCACUACCCCAGGAAUCACCUCGAGUGGCUGUCUGAGGAGUGGCUACUAGAGGUUUUCCUAGGCUGUUAUGUAAACGCUGCCUUUUCUAUAAAAAGGCAGUGUUUACAUUAAAAAGACUGAAUAUCAUCACCAGAACCACUACAUUAAGCUGUAGUUGUUCUGGUGACAAUAGUGUCACCUUAAUAAUAGAUGGAUCUCUAAUUUGGUAUCCUUGUGUGGAUUAUUAAGAACACCGUUUGGUUGGAGUAACCAUUCCAAGACUGGACUGCCCCACCCAAACUUAAAAAAAAUAAAUGUAAUGUUUUCCCUGAAGCCCGAUCUUCCUCCGCUGUCAUCACUCCACAUCACUGAAAGGCAGGCUUAUGGGGAGGACAUGUAACAUGGUUGGAGGUGCUGUGCCAGCAUUGGCUGUCUUGCACCAGUAUGCUGUGUGCCAGACGCCAAUUUUGCACAAAUCUCUUGUUCCGGGCUGGUUAAUGCCUUCCAAUAAUGUGACUUGUGGGGGAGCAACAUCAGCAGCAGAGUGGUUAAUUUCCAUAUGUGCUGUGUUUCACAGAGAAAACAUUUACUCUGCAUUUUGAGUUUGUGCCACUUGUUGAGUAUUAUAUCUGCAAUGUGUAUUCACAGUAGUUAUUGUUGGGGAAAAAGUGCCUCAAAUGCUUAGUGCCAUGUCAGGCAGUGAGUUUGGUUACUGUGCAGAUUCCUGUUUCACAGGGCUUACCUUAAGGGCUAGAAACCAGAAAAUAUAAGCAAUAUUUUGUUCAAGACUAUUCAGUCUUGCAAUUAUUUAAUAAAAUUUUUAUUUAUUUUUUACUCAGCUGAGCUCUUUCAAACAUGUUGUUUAGCUGACAGCCUGGAUUGCUUUCCUUGUCUGCAAUGGCUGUAAAACCAUAAUAUUUAGAGCUUGCAAUAUAACUGGGUGCCGCCCAGCAGCAAUGUACACAUUAAGCUUUAUUGUGUAUGUAUUUUAUAUGUAUGCAUGCAUAUAGCUCUAUAUCUGAUUAACGUUUCAAUAGUGUAUUGAAAGCAACAUUCCUUUUUUAAAAUUGUUUUAACAAAGUUCGUGGAAAUAAAAAAAAUCAAAUUUUUUAUUGAAGGUGUUUUUAAAAAUGGAUGUUAAAAUUGUCUUUAUUCCAGCACCAAAAUGUAUCACUGCAGUCUUAUCCAAUCUCCCUGAAGUAAAUAAUCCUGAUAAAUUAUGUCCAGUCAAAUGCUUCUUAUAAGAGGCCCUCAAGAUCUAUUUAUCAAUCGCUGUCUGAUAGCUACUACUAGGUGUAAAAAUUGCAAAGUGUAAAUACUGCCUUAUUUUUUUAUUUUGAAAUGAAAUAUUUUAAAUUCUAAAUUCUACCAAAUCAAUAAACCUAGACUUUAUUCAUAGAGCAAUAUAGAAAGGUGGGGUUUCCUUUAACUGACUAAAGUACUUAAAAACCUCAUAGUUUGCAUGCUCCUUUUACUAAAUAUCUACAACUUGCUUUUGCAGAUGCUGUGGUGAACUCGUUUUCUUUUCUGGAUGACUCUGGAACUGCAACUUUGAAAUCUAGACCUGGACCCAGGGCCAGACCUGUGCUUCAGUUCUCAACUAGUGUAAGUAUCUGACAUGGAAUAUUACAAUGCACAGCAUCGUUUUAAAUGGUCAUAUUUCUCAAUCCCAAUUACAUGUAAAAUAGUCCAGAACAGUCUCACUAGAGCAACAAUGCUUAAUGGAAUAUCGAUGAGUUGAUUUUUCAGUAGGGGUGGGUGCGUCCUUAUGUCUCAGGGUAUUCGCAUAUUUGAAAAACAGAGAAACCGGGGCAACCAGUAGUGCAGUAUGCCUAAAAUCCAGAGGGUAAGAUAGUAGUAGAAGGUAGAAAACUUGAAUUUAAAAGAGCUAUGGCCAGCUCUGGUGUGAAGGGCGUACAACGGUAUAAUCCCCACUGCUGGGUUGUGUAAAGGAAAUGCGUCUAUCAGUGCCGUCUGGUCAUCCGAAGCUCCGGGGGAAAUAAAGAGGCGACAAUAGUGCUCUCAAUUGGAUAAAAGUAAGUAAAAGUAACUAGAAUAAUACUUGCAUGUGUAGAGCAGAAAAUACUGCUCUAUUAAUAAGGUGUUGGUGGUAUGAUCCCCACCUGGGAUUUCUUUAAAGGACCACUAUAGGCACCCAGACCACUUCAGCUCAAUGAAGUGGUCUGGGUGCCAGGUCCAUCUAGGGUUAACCCUGCAGCUGUAAACAUAGCAGUUUCAGAGAAACUGACCAUUCCAUUUAUUUAUUCCUUGUUAGUCCAACAAGUUAGCAGCCUUGAAAAAAAAAGAUUAAUUUCUAAAACAAGGGUCAGAGUGGUAAAGCCAAAAUGAGUUUCCUCAUAGUGGGGAUCUACUUGGUACUUUUCUGUAAGACAACAAAAUAAGGCAGUCUGCCUUCACCCAGAGGUUUUUGUAGCGCUUCCAUAAGCACAAUACAGGCAUAUUUACCUGGGAUUACAAAAGGAACUUUGUAACUGUGCCACAUUGUCUGUGUCCCAACACAUGCUUGAAAAUGCAACUUACUUUUCUUGGUUAAACAUUUUCUAAAUAAGUAAAUAUUGAAAUUCUGAUGCUAAGGUCUAAAGUGGACAUCUCAAUUCACAACUCCUGUCUUUCUGGUUUUCUGUGUACAUUACAUUAAUAGCUGGUUUUAUAACCAGGUAGAGAGAACCAUAGAUCACGUUUUAUUUUGCAUUAAGCUUUUUCUAAUUUGACUAGAAUGUAUUGGUGAUGAAUAGAUGCACUAUUCAAGAAAAUGUUCUUAACCAGCAGAAUAGCACUCAAAUUCUCUAAUGAAUCUGUUGACCUUAAGAUGAGCUAGUAACAUCAUAAACUAGUAACAUUUAACAGGUUUAGUGCGAGGGCAGGAUUUAUGUGUAUGUGUAUAUGUAUGUGAGUGUAAAAAAACAGAUAAAACUUUGUAAUACCUUUUUAUUGGACUAAGAGUUUUUUUUAAUGACAAGCUACCAGGAGAACCUUCCUUUAUCAAGUCUAAAGCAUUUCUGAGCAAGACAACACAUAGAAUUCAAAGUUGAGUUGUGAUACAGGGGUUAAAGCAACAUGAGUGCAGGUAAGACAGGUUUGAUAGAACAUAGACACCAUUCUUGCAGAGGGUCCUAAAUAUCUUAUGUGAAGAUCAUAGAGUGAGGGGGGGGGGGAAGAGUAUUAAUAUAAAGAAUGCAUGAAUUCCUAUCCAAGAGUUACAGGAUAUACAUGAAGGCCUAUAUCCAGCAUACACACCCCAAACUCAUGUACAUGUACACAGGGCCCGUCACUCCAGGGGGCCCUGCCGCCAUGCGGACCCCUGCGACCGGGUACCCCCUGCCAUUUUUUCCGGCCCGCAUGGCAAACCGCUAAGGCCGCUGUCCAAGUGUUCCAUUGGGUGACCCAUGCUGUUCGGGCCACACGAUGGAGAUGGAUUGACAAGGGGCCAGGUCAGCGCUGCGGCGCUUUAACAGCACGACCAGGCCCCCUGUGAUGAGAUCACACCCUGGGAGGAAUUGACUGCAUGUCACUUCUCCCAGUUAACACACACAGCCUGCACGGGAGGAAGCAGAGGUAGUCAGAAUGGGAACUCUGACUCACAUCAACCUGAGCCACCACUGGACCCCAGGGAAAGUCACCCUCCUGCACCUAAAAGGUAGGAAACAGGAGGGGGACUUAAACAUAGUCUGUCUGUGUGUCUGUCUGUAUGUAUGUGUGUGUCUCUCUCUGUGUGUGUGUCUGUCUCUGUCGGGGGGAGGGAGGCGGGGGUGGGCAUGGAUCAGUUUCGCACCGGUGGGCCCCAUGGAUAGUGUGUAUGCCACUGCAUGUACAUACACAGUAUACAUACAAUAUACAUAUAAAUACAACCAAAUGCCCAAAUAUAUGUACAUGCACACAUACACAUAAUCCACACCCAAGCACCAAUACAUGUACCUACACAUACCAAUGUGCCUACACAUACAUAGACCCAUAUAUAUAUAUAUAUAUAUGUACACAUACACCUAUUCACAUAUACAUACGUGUGUGUGUGUGUGUGUGUGUGUGUGUAUAUAUAUAUAAUAUGUGUAUAUAUAUGUGUAUAUAUAUGUAUACAUACAUGCUCAUAUACACAAAUAUAAAUGCACAGUCACAUAUUUAAACAUGCAUGCAUAAGUCUAUACAUAGUACUUUGUAUAUAGAUGGAAUAAACAUAUUGGUAUGCAUUAAAAUGUUGAUACAUAUAACAGAACAGAAAGAUAAUGCUGGGGGAGUGUUCAUGUAAAGUGUUGGUAGUGGGACAGGAAACCCAAAUCAAUAUUUUGUCGUUUGUUCUUGCUGUUAAACAAUUUGAUCAUUCUGGCUUUAAAAUGGUUUCUGUCUUGGGUAUUUUUAAAAACCCCUUUCAGUACUUUUGAUUUUUAGGUCCUUCAUUGAGUGGCCAGGCUGGGUCUCACAGGAGUGCAGUACGGUUUUUCUUUGUGGUGUUUAAUGGAGUGUCUGUGCAUAUUCAUUCUGCCAUUUAAUUGCUGGGUGGUUUCCCCAAUGUAGCAUCCUAGGUGGCAUUUGGUGCAUUGAAUCAUAUAUACCACAUUGCUGGAUGUGCAGGAGUAUUAACCUAUGCUGUAGGUUUUAUUGUUGUGUGAAACUGUGUUGUCUGCAUAUGUGCUGACACCGUUUGCAGCAAGGUUUUUUGCAUUGACUGGUCCCAUUUUAAUUAUUCUUCCCAUCAGUGGGUAGCUUCCUUUUGUUUGAUUUUUGUUGGAAGUUUUGUGGUUGUCUGAAGGCCAAGAUGGGUGUUUCAGAGAAAAUGUUUUUUCAGAGUCUCAUCUUCUGUUAACAUUGGUUGUAGGUCUUUAAUGAUUUUCAGUAUUUCGUCAAGACCUGGGUUGUAGGUGGCACUCGUGCAGAUAUAUUUUUUUUUCUCUGUACUGAAUCAGGCACGUGCAUGGAGUUUUUACAGUAGAGUUGAUUCGUUUGGUAAUAGUCUCUGGUUUGUAGCCUUUCUGUCUCAUAGAUUGGGAGAGUACAUUUUAGAUGGGAAUUACGGUCAUUAGGAUCAGAGCAUAUGCAAUGGUACAUAGUGGCUUGGUUGUAGUUGAUGCCCUGUUUAGUAUGGGAGGGGUGGAAGCUGGAGCUGUGUAGGUAACUGCACCUGUCUGUGGGUUUACUGUAAACCGAGGUGUGGAUUGUGCCAUUGUUCCAUGUCACAGUGGUGUCCAGAAAAUUCACAGAUCUAGUGGAAUAUUCCAUUUUUAGUUUGAUGGAUGGAAUGUGUUGAGUCAUGGAACUGUAUCAGUUUUUCUUUGCUUUCAGUCCAAAUUAUGAAGAUAUCAUCGAUAUAGCGAUAAUAUUUGUAUGGUUGGGUGUACUGUAUUUCUAGGAAUCUCUGUUCAAGAUCUGCCAUAAACAGAUUAGCAUGUUGGGGUGUUAUCGUAGUGCCCAUGGUUUGUAGGUAAACCUCUUUGUUAAAAACUGAAAUAAUUAUGUGUGAGGAUGAAUAGUGCCAGUUCUGUGAUAAUUCACGGGCUGAAUUUUUGGUUGUCGGCAUAAAAGAGGAAAUGGAAGCUAGCAUUGAUGCCAUCUGCAUUGGUGAUUUGGCUGAGUUUAUUAAGGAAGUCGGUUGUGUCUUUUAUGAAGCUGUUGGUGUUGGUGACUAGAGGUUUUAAGGUAUUUUCUACCAGUCCUGAGAUCUGUAAUUAUGGGUCUUCCUGGAUUACCUGCUUUGUGGAUUUUGGGAAGCAUAUAGAAAGUGCCCAUGUAGGGACUAGUUGGUAUGAGUAAUUGCAGUUCUAGAUGUGAAUUCUCAGGGAAGGAUUUAAUGAGCUCCCUAAGUUUUAAUGUAUAUUCCUUGGUGGGGGUCUUAAUUUUAGUUUUCUAUAGUAUUUGUCAUCUGACAGUUGCCUGUCCCCCUCUUUUAUAUAGUCCUGUGUGUUUAUUAUCACUACUGCUCUUCCCUGGUCUGCUGUUUUGAUGGUGAUAGCAUGAUUAUUUUUCAAGUCAUUUAUAGCCGUUUGUUCCUGUACUCAGAUUAUGAAACCUUUCCUUUUGCUUGGUUGUCAAGGAUACUGUUCUUAGACGGAAACUUUCAAUGCAACUGUCCAGUUUGGCAUUUCGUGCUGGAUUGAAAUUAGUGUUCUUUAUCCUGUUAUCCAUUGUGGUUCAAGUGCUCUCUUUGUCAUGGAAGUAUUCCUUAAGUCGCAUCCUUCUGAAAAAUUCUUCCAUGUCAGAGUAGAGUCCAAUGUCAUAAAGUUUUGUGCUAGGGCAAAAUGACAAUCCUUUGGAGAGAACUGAUGCUUCUGAGUCAGUUGAUAAUCCGAAAUGUUAACAAUACCCGAUUUCUCUUGCCAUUUCUCUUUCUCUGCCAAAUGGUCGUGAUAAUCUGGAGUCUGAUGAGAUUAUUAUUUUUCUUCUUAAAAAAAAUCCUGUUGUUGCUUUUUGUAAAUAUAGUGUAGAUCAUGUUCUAGUUGUUCAGCAAUAUAUAUUAUCCUCGCGUAGAUAUUGUUUGUUGUAUGCUAUAUUUCUUGUUGUAGAGCUGGUGGAUGAGAUGGUUCCUUAGUUUCUCACUAGUGCAUUUAUACAGGUUUUCAGCAUACUGCGAUUUGUGUAUAGUAGCAAGUGAAUUUUUGAUUUUUAGGCCUUUGGGGAUCAGCUGUCUUUUCAUGCAGAUGGAUAGAAAGUGUAUGUCGCUGUUGAGCUGUACUUCUUUUGUGGUCAUCUUCUAGAUUUGCUUUGGUAGAUAUAAAGGUCCCUGCCCACAGGCUCAAACUAUAUCAAUGCCAGGUGCCAGCCAGGACUAGCAAAUCCAAAUGAAUGAAGGAGAAAGCUGCACUCACGGUCUUCCUUUACAAUUUCCAAGUAUUUGUUGGAUAUGCAUUAAAAAUAAACGUUUCAGUCCUGCUUCAAGGCUUUCAAGUACAAUCCAAGACAAAUAUAUAGGUAAGAAAUAAGUGGAAAAUAAACUCCCUACAGGUGCUGUGAAUUGCCAGCGGCAUCCUUCUGGGUUACUGGUGCAUGUGCAUUAAAGCUCUGCCCCCAGACAUGACAUGAUGCCGUAUGUGCGCUACUGCGCUCGUCACGUCGCCUUGGAAACACGGCAUACAAAAUAGCCGCUGCCAUGGCGAUGGCUGAACGUUUAGAAGUGAAAAACGAGGAAUAGUGGAAGCAUCCAAAUGUCAGAAUUUCUGAAAUUCAUCCGCAUUUGUAUUCGGGACGAAAUGAAUUGCACAUGUCUAUUAAUGCUUAUUUUAUGUGGGGUAUAUAUGUAUACACACGUUAAGUUUUCACCUGAGGAAGACCUAAAUUGGUUGAAAUGCGUUGUGCUCCUGUUUUCUUGUUUAUUUGAAUAUUUUAUGUUUUAUCACAAUAAAUUUCUUACCUGGUUCCUGACUCUUCCUGGAUUUACUUCAGCUCCAGUGGUACCAUAUUUGCUGCUUAUUAUCCCUAUGGUGGAUGAACUGCGCUUAUAGUUUAGAGCCAACUUUUAAAGGCUCUGAUAAUUGUGUGUUCCAUUUUUACCCUGGAAUUCUAUUACUGUGUAUUACAUGUUACACUAUGAUAUUUUUUAUGCUUAUGCUAUGCAGGAUCAAAUUAUUUUACUGAAAAAGGUUUGUUAUAUAACUAAAGUAAAAUAUAAUAAUUGUUUGCGCUUUCACCUUUUGCACUUAGUUGUAUCUAUUUGAGUGUAUUUAGUGACAAUACGUUCAGGUGUGUUUUGUGCUGCACUGAGCUAUAUAGUUAAAUAACACCACCUACACCUUCAUUUUCCAGGUUUUGUUAUUUAAUUUACUGUUGGUCGUAAAGUGUCUAUCACCUUCUGGGGUCUUUGUAUAAUAAGUGGGAGUUUUACUAACCUAAACCUGCUGCCAUGAUCUUCCUGCUGCUCCUCUUCAGCUCCGGUACUUGAUCUGCAAAGAGCUCAUGUUGGUAGUGUAGUCUUGCGCAUGUGUGAGAAUACCGUACAGAGGUCUAUGGAUGAUCCUGCGAGACUAUAGGAUCAUUUUAUAGAUAUUGUCUUGUGAGGAGUGAGAUUAUACCUUAUUCGCUAGCAAAGGCUGGGGGAAGUGACGGUAGACAAAGGUCUUUGUCAAGUUUUGUCAAGCAUAGAAAAAAAAAUACAUAAGGUGACACAGUCCCUACUUUGCCUUAUGUAUAUUAGUAGAAAUAGAACAAAAAAGGACAGUUUAGGAGUAAGGAAGAGGAACAGAUAGAAGUUGGGUAAGUAUAGGCUAACAGGGCCGCUUUAAAAAAAAAAAAAAGUCUUCAAUUAUUACAAGGCAAUAUCUCUGUUAUCAAUUUCUGUUUUCUGGCUGGCACCCUUCCCUUUCUUAAAGGGAUACACCCACACAUGAUUGUUACAGCUAGUUGUGCUUUUUUUUUUUUUUAAUUUGGCAUCAGUCACUUCCUCGUUUAGUGUUUGCAAAGGUCUGCUGUACAUCACUAAAUUAAGCUAUCUGACACUAGACUCCAAUGAGAUGGGCACACAGGCUUCUGAAUGUUUUUAAGACUGACCAUGGGAAUUACUGAAGCCCCCUUUUUCCACCACAAAAAGUCUGUUUUGAGAAAUCUGAUUUGUUUUAAUGGGAGUACUACCCUCAAUCAUUUCCACUGACUUUUGUGUUUUUUUUUUUUUGUUUUGUUAUUUUCCAGAACACAGACACACAGGGAUUGGCAGUGCCAACACCAUCCAUUCCAGCUACUUUUCCUGACAAUGGGUACCAAGGUAUGAACUGAAAAUUUUGUUUUAUGGCAAAAUAAAUAAAUAAAAAUGUUUAUAAAUAAAGUGUGUGUGUGUAUAUAGGGUUUGGUAUUCUGAAAAAAGUAUGUUUUGCUUAGCUACUUACACAAUUCAGCCAUCUAAAAGAGACUGAGACCCGGCACAACACUACACAAAACAGAUUAUAUAUUUUUUUUGUACCCUUCAAAAUGUGAAUACGCAAUAAAUAUGUCUAAUGAUGUUGAACAGAGAAUGAAAAAUAUAUUGCUUAGCAGGGCUGCCAUCAGGAAUGUUGGGGGCACCUAACACAGCUCAAGGUCUGGGCCCCUCGGGGCCUGCCUCCAAAUCCUGCCCCCAGGGCCCGCCUCCAAAUCUUCCCAAAUGGAAGCAGUGUUUGUAGAGUGGAUACAGGGUGUGUGUUUUGUGGAUGCAGUGUGUGUUUGUGUAUUGGCUGCAGUGUGUGUGUUAGUGCAUGUGUAGUGGCUGAAAUGUCUGUGUAGUAGAUGCAGUGUUUGUGUGUGUGUGUGUGUGUGUGUGUGUAUAUAUCUCUCUCACACACACACACACACACACACACACAAUUUGUGUUUGAAUGUAAGAAUGUUCUUGUAUGGAGUACCCUGAUACAAAAGGACACAGACAUAUAGGCAUACUGACAUACACAUACAGACUGACAGUCUCCCAGCAAUUAUACGGCCGCAGCGCUGACGGGCCCUGGAAGAUAUAUGGCCCACCGGAUGACCCUAAAUACUUGGGCUAUACGAUGGGGCCCUAUCAGCGUGCGGGCCCCUGGUGCAGUUCCGCCUCUACACAUGGGACCAGGCGGCCCCGAUGGCAGCCCUGUUGCUUAGUUUGGAAACCCAUCCGUGACUUAAAUGUUUGUGUGUAAUAUAUGUAAAAUGUAUGUAUUUUCAAAUACUGUGAUUUAUAUUUGUUUCUAAUAGUAGUAGACACUCUACUUAUAAUGGCUAACCAUGGGUUAUCAAUUUACUUUUCUACUUAAGGUAAUGGGUCAAAAUUAAAUGGAAACUACCGAAUGUGCAGCUCAGUUGGAGAUUUGAGACAAAUGAACUACUAUGAAGACAACCUUGAUGAAGAAAUCCCUGCACCACCAUCUGUGCCGCCACCUCCUCCACCAACCAUGCCACCACCUCCUCCCCCUAUUCUACCUCCACCUAACGAGAGUCCACCAUCAUCUACAAUAUCCUCUCCAGCUUCUCCAAGCCCACCUGACUUUAUACCACCAACACCAAAUUAUUCUACGCCUGUGGUACAAAAUUCUGUUGCUCCUGUUCCCACCAACAUUAUGUCAGUGGGUGAACAACACCAGCAAAUGCAAAAUGCCACCAAGUGGAAAUCUGAAACUCGUCUCAAUUCAUUACCAACAGAUGGACCUGUGGGUUUGCCUAAUCGUUUUUCCUUAAAUCCGAAUAUACUGUAUAAACCUGGGCAGACAAACCAUUACGCAGAACCUCAUUCUACAUUGCCACGGUCCUUCAAAAUUCCUCCUCCUGCCCCAACUAGGAUCUCUUCUAUGCAAACUAUGUUCCAGCAAAGUGAUUAUACAAAUAUCAAUAAUGCAAACGAACCUCCAAGCUCACCAGUUCCCUCAAGUUUUAACCCUAAUGUCCAAGCAAAGCUCUUCACUAUCGCCCAAGGACAAAAAUCUUUAAAUGAUACAUUAAACAAGAGAAAAUCCAUGCUAAUAAUGGAAGAUCCACACUCUGCUAUUCAGAGCAUAGAUCAAAUAAUUGAAAAGGCUGCUAAUAUGGAGUCAACUGGAGUUGAACAAAAGUUUAAUUCCAUUGUAAUUAACCAAAAAGCAUUAAAUCCAUCACCAAUGGUUUCAGUUAAAAAUCAGACUAAUGCAGAAUCUAAACGUCCUCAGAACAGUACAGAGUUUAAUAAUAUCACACAUGAGGUGGUCAAUGACUCAGAAUAUCUGUCUGAAGCCCCACCCACACCACCACCACCUACAGCCCCUCCACCCCCACCACCAUCCAUGGCUCCGCCAAGUCCACCAUUGGUGCCUCCACCACCUGUCUCAAGAGCACCAGCAAUACCAUCUACAGGUUCACCUGCUCUAUCUCCAAUAACACCAGCAUUGAAUCCUCCAGUGGCUCCACCUGCGCCUACAUAUAUUGCUCCCUUGCCUACUAUUUCUCAAAAGUCUCCUUCACUGUCUAAAAAAAGUGGGAUAAUCACUCCUGCACCACCAUUAAUGGUUCCCCCACCUCCACCACCUAAGGCACCCCCAGCACCUCCACCAUUACCACCACCUGCAACUCCAUCUAACCAAUCCUCACAGCAACCUUUACUCAAGGCACUGCAGGCAAGAGAGGAAAGUCUUAAACAGAUUCAGAGAAAGAAUAAAAUUGAGAUUAAACCUGCUGAACCACCUUUGAACUUGAACAAUGAUGAUGAUCAGAAAAAUAGAGUUGGUAAAAUCAAGGAAGAGCUGGAAGCCCUCUUGUCAUCACCAAAGAAAGAUGACAAGAAAAUGUUCAACCUCAAUAAUUCACGACCAGGAAUGGAAGGAAAUAAGAAGCAUCUUAAUGUCAAGAGUGGAGAAAAUACAUUGGUUAACUCUUUAAUGUUGAAAGUCCCUCUCUUACCUUCCAAACCUGAGAAAGAGGAUACUGAUGCAGAUAACUCUGAGUGGGUUCCUAAAAGUAACAAUAAGGAUAUUAAAAUUCCUGAGCCAGACUAUUUUCCACUCAGAAAUACAAAAGACUCUGUUUCUAAAACACCUCCUAUAGAAGUGAAAAAUACCCCAGUAUUCCCACCUCCAGUGCAGGUACCGCCUUCACCACCAAAAGCAACAAAUAUAUCAAAUAUUGGAAAUAAUCCAGUGACCUCAUACAAGGCACAUCAUCAAAGGAAAGCUUCAGCAGGUAGCUGGACAUUUGAUACAGAGUCAUCAAAAUCCGAUACAGGGCCAAGUGUAGAGAAAGAUAAUGUCUCUGAAUCUGAAGAAAUCCCAUCACCAAAACAAACGUCCACACAAUCUCCAACUUCUCCACAUGACAGUGUACAUGAACAUCCUAGUACUGGAGAAAAAAUUGAUGCUGGAUCACCAAUGGCAUUGCUAUUGGCAGCAAAGAAGCGUGCCCAAAAUGGACCACGAGCUCGAUCUACCGACCGUAGUAGUUUGCCUAAAGUUUCUGUUACAAAUGGAUUCGUUACCAGUUCAUUCACCUCUCAGCAUAGAGAUGGGAAUACAAACACUUUUGUUGUUGUGCCCAAUCAAGAGACUAGACGACAGGUUUCUCAAGAAGGUGGUUUGGUUUCUCUAAGUGACACUUCAACUGGAGCUAAUCGUAUGAGCAUUGAUACAGAAAGCUCUCAAAGUAAAUCAAGCUGGAGAAACUUUGAAUUUCAAACCUCAAAUGUAGGUGGUGCACCUCCGUUCAGAGAGGAUGAAGUCUUCAGAGGUCAAAGGACACAAUAUGACAGAAUUAUGGAUAUUUCUGUAAAUCCAGACAUACUGACCAAAAGUGAUGACUAUCGGAGUUACAAAUCAGAACUCCAGCAUAGUCAAAUGCAGUCUAGAAUUGAUUCUCCAGUUUCUAACAACAUGUUGCACCAGAAUGACUUACCCCACUUUAAUAUUUCCUCUUUUCCAUCCCCCACUCCAGCCCCAAAACCCAUUGAAGACCUGGAGUUUAAAAUUAUUCCACCUCCUGCAGAAUUCAUGAACAGUCCAGAGCCAAGUAUGAAUGAUCUUGGUAAGCAAAACAGAACAUCGAUUUAUAGUGAUGGUAUGAAGUCUGAUUUUGGCAUGCCAAUCAAUGAAUUCAAUUCUAGAACAAAUAAUUCCUUGGCAUCACAAACAACUGAAAGCACCAGGGAUUACAAUAGAUACACUAGUACUGAUUACAAUACUGGAGUCACCAGAGAUUCACAUAAAAGCUCUCUCAUUAAGAAACGAUUGUAUAUGCCUGAGCCAGAAGCCCCUAGAAAUUAUGGAAAAAACACAAGUUCUUUAAGAUCUUCUUCAGGUUUGUCCAUGCCUUACAGUCAAAUGCAAAUUCAGUCUAGUUCCACUAUGGCUGCAGACCCACGUCGUUCCACUGCUCCUACAUCAAGAUACCUUGCACAGGGCAGGAGAGUGUCCUCUGAAAAUCUAAAUAGAAUGGCACCUGUGAAUGACCUGAAAUACAAACCUUCAAAUCCAGAAUAUCCUGUCAACAAAGCCACAACCAGGUACAGUUUACAGUUUAAUUUGAUAGAUUAUAAGUAUUAUAAGAUUAUAAAUUCUCAACCCCCUAGUAACCUCACCCUAAAAUUAGUGAGGGGGAGACAAUAAAACUAAAUACCUGAAAAAGAAAAAUCAUACUUACCAUUAGAAGUCUUUUUUUUCUAAACCUUCUUUUUUUCAGCCCCAAAAAAACCAUAAUACCCGUCGAACUUAUCAAGUACAAAAAAAAAACCUGAGCGCCCCCCAAAAAAAAUCAAACAUGCUAAAAAUUAAUCCAUCUUCACUCGGCGAGGGCAUGGUGCAGACUGAACGGGGCGGGGAAAGGCUUAGAAAGCUUGGAAUCCAACCAAUCAGAGUGCUAAUCAUUUUACACAGUGUGGGAAAAUGCCCCCCCCCCCCUUAUUGUAACUUAGGGCCCCCACCCUCAUGGGUGAGGGCCAGGGGGAGGACAAUAGGUCCAUCCCCCCAUUUUCAUUUAGGGCCCCCACCCCAUUUAGUUACACGGUCUACAAAACUGCAAUGUUUUACAAUGCAGGGUGACAGCGGCUCUGUCAAAAUCUGAGGACUUUGCAUAAUUUGCAAGACCUCCAAUGGUAACUUUGUUGCUGGGGUCCAGUGGCCAGGGGGGCCGGCAAAGGUGAGUUUAACUUACCUGAACCUGUCCAUCGUGGGUGCCACAAUCUUCGUUUUCUCUAUAGAUGGUGCCAACUUCUUGUGGCUAUUUCUGGUGCCUGUUGGGGGGUUGACACUUCUAGAUGACAGUAGCUCCACCAAAUGUAAGUGUCAGGCAUAGGCAAAAUACUGAGGCAAAGUAGCCUUUACUUUAUUGCAGUAUAUCUUUUGACUGAGUUGGCAUUUCAGUGAAAUUCCAACACAGUCAAUAUGAGCGUUUCAUAAAGACGUUGUUUUCCGCUUUAAAACUACAACUUUGUUGAUGUUAAUUGGUCUGGUGACUUUUCUGGUACUUUUAAAAAAAGACCAGUCAUGACCUUUUGUGAAAAGCAAAAACAAAACUCUGGGAGCCUGGGAAGACAUGCAAGCAACACGCAGAUUGCGGAGAAAGUUAGGGAACAGAUAUGGACCAGGAAGACUGGGGAGACAUUUAGGGAAAAGACAGGCUAAUUGAACAUUUACGGAGAAGACACUGGGAGAUAAUUAUCCAAACGAGAAACAAAUUAAAUAUUUGGGAAACAGAGCGACCUUUUUUAGGAGAAAAGACGCAGUGAACAGACGUUUAGGAUAACACACGCGCACACAUACAUUUUAAUUUAUAUAAACCCCCAAUGUCUCGUACACCGUCACAACAGUUUACAUAUAGUCACACUAUAUACAUAUACACCAAUUUAAAAUCUGCACAAUAUAAUCAGUGUCCUUAUCCUUCAGAUGAGCCAUACCUGAAUGCAGUGCCUGGGGGAGAAGGGAGCCAGUCUUUAGGAGAUUCAUUCUGUUUCUAAUGUGUGUACAGGAGAGCUGUGCACUCUGAACACAGGUUCAGUAUCACAGAGUAGAGUCAUCCGCUCCGAGAAGAGGCUGCUCAGCAUGGGAGAUGCUAUGCUUGAGGGUGGCCAUGGAGCCUUUAAACCAGCACUCACACACAGAGUGCCCCCCCACAGGUCAUUGCUCCUAUUAAAAAGUAAACCUGGAGAUAUACUAAAUUCUAAGUACGUGUAAUCCUAGAGCUAUAUUCCCUCUAAAGGGAUGCACAUAGAGGUCUAAAUUCCAACAUCCCUGGUAUUUUGUUCAUUCCUGUGAAGACCGUUCUGGACCAUAUAAAGUCAGAUGUGUGCAGAAUCAGUAGGCAUGCACAAUGGGUGUGGCAGGUGUGCUUAGACAAACCCCAUAAUGCAGGGCCAAAUGGUUCUCUCUUUCUCCUUGUUUAUAAUGGGCUUUAAAGCCGUUGUGGCGGCAUAGAACGUCGUAAUGGCUUUCUACCCCUGGAGCUCCGGUGGACUUACCUCUGCCACUAUCCUCUUCGAGAGGACUGCCUGACAGCCCAGGUAGCCCACCUACGGCAAAUCAGGCCCCCGGGGGGCCAUGUGAUUGCUCUCAAAGAGCGAUCACGUGGCCCCCUAUAGCUGGCUGUGGAUCUGCCAGCAGGGGGACUGUCUGGCCUGUCAGACAGUCCCCAUGCUGGUGGGUAGUGUAAAAAAUAAAAAUAAAAAUGUUGUUAUUUAUUUAACUUAUUUAAAAUAAAUUAAAUGUGUGUGUGUGUGUGUGUGUGUAUAUAUAUAUAUAUAUAUAUAUGUAACGUCAUAUGUAGUUUUUUUAAUAUAAGUACAUAUAUUAGUAUUAAAAUACACUUAGAAUGAAGUUGCAUAUAUAUAUAUUACAUAUAUAUUAUAUAUAUAUAUAUAUACCUAUAAUUACAAUAAUAAAUAAAAUAUAUAAAAAAAAUUAUAUAAAAUAUGUAAUUUCAUUCUAACUGUAUUUAUUUUAUUAAUAUAUAGAUAACAAAAUACACUUAGAAUAUAUAUAUAGAGAGAGAUAGAUAUAUAUUGCAAAUAUUAGAGAAAAUGUACUGAUACCGUAAUUUUAUUUUCCUGGCUUUUAUUCAUGGCAGUAUUUAACAUAUGGGUUUAGCACCUCCCUCUAGCCCUCAGGACAGGAAACACAAUCAAUUAAACAAUUAAGCAUACCUUCUCCUAGUAUAAUAGUGACCCCAGUAGCAUCCACACCUCAGUCCACUAACAAGACGAAUAUACCAAGAGAGGGUGGGAAACCAAAUGCUGCCAUGAAUAAUAGCCAGGAAAAGAAAAUUACGGUAAGUAUCAAUACAUUUUCUCUAUUCCUGGCUAAUCAUGGCAGCAUUUAACAUAUGGGAUUCCCAAAGCAAUAACCACUCAGGGAGGGUAAUUCAUGCUACAAAAAAUUGUUUACUAUUAACGUAAGGCUUAUAAGAGUUCAAAACCGAUAGGCCGAACUCUGAAUCAGAACGAGAUGAGACAUCCACUCUGUAGUGAUGCACAAAGGUUUUUUUAAAGAUGACCAAUUGGCAGCUUUACAGAUGCUCUCUGCAGGGACUCCAGACUCUGCUGCCCAUGAAGUAGAAAUGGAUCUUGUGGAAUGAGCCUUUUGUCCUUGGGAACUGGUACAUGUUUUGUCCUGUAUGCUCUAGAAACAGCCUGAACUGUCCAGGAAUGAAGGGUUGCUACAGAAGCAGCUUCACCUUAUGAGAACCCCAAGGUAUCACAAACAAUUGGGGAGACUUUCUCCAAGUAGGUGAGCAUGCAAUAUAUGUGGAAAGACACCUCCUUAGGUCUAGUGUAUGACUUCUUUCUUCCUCAGGAGAAGAAGGGUCUUGAAAAUACCCCGGCAGAACAAUCUCUUGAUUCAGAUGGAAGGAUGUAACAACCUUCGGAAGGAACUCAGGUCUAGGCCGUAGCACAACUCUAUUAUCGAAGAAGGUAGUGAACGGUUCCUCAGAUGACAGUGCAAUAAUGUCUGACAUUCUCCUAGCUGAGACUAAGGCCAGUAACAACAGGGUCUUUAGAGAAAGAACCUGCAUCGGGACCUCAUCAAUAGGUUCAAAGGGAUGUUCCGUUAAGGCCUGCAGAACCAGAGGCAAAUUCCAAGGAGCUGAGAAUUUUUUGAUAGGUCUAAUCCUAAUGACAGCUUUGAAGAAGCGAAUCACAAUGGGAUUUAAUGCCCAACGAAUACCAGAAAGAGCUGAGCAGUGUACUUUAAGAGUGUUAAGUUGAAGGCCCCUCUCCAGGCCUGCUUGCAGGGAACCUAAAUCUUGAACCGUGGAAUUACUCCAUCGUGCAAAGGCUUCCUAUAUCUUAUGGUAGGUAGAGGAAGUAGACUAAUUCCUAGAACGUAACAGGGUUGAGAUUAUCUGGUCCGAAAGGCCAUGGUCAACUAGAGAUUGCCUCUCAAUAGCCAUGCAUGGAGCCUGAACUUGUGAGGCUCUGGAUGAAAGACUGGACCCUGAAUCAGCAGAUCUUCCGAGACCGGAAGCUCCCAAGGCAGGUCCUUUGAUAACCUCUGUAACAGGGGAAACCAAGGGCGAUGAGGCAAGAAGGGAAGAACAGCUAUCACCUUGCAAUGCUCCUUGGAGAGCUUUCUCAGAACAGCGUGGAUGAGGGGAAUUGGAGGAAAGACGUAGGCUAGAUCGAAUUCCCAUUUGAUGGAUAGAGCAUCCUGAGCAACUGCCUUUGGAUGGUAUCUUCUUGAAACAAAGCACGGAGCCUGGGUGUUCUGAAUAGUUGCCAUGAGGUCCACUUGGGGAGGACCCCACUUCUGGACCAACCGAGCGAAGAUCCUCCUGGAAAGUUGCCAUUCUGAUGCUUCUAUCAGGUGUCUGCUGAGAAAGUCUGCUAACACAUUCUCCUUUCCUGGGAGAUAGGUGGCACACAGGCCCGCCACAUGAGUCUGAGCCCAGGUCAUAAUGGGAACGAUUUCCUUCAUCAUGGCUACACUCCUUGUCCCACCUUGAUGAUUUAUAUAGGUAGCAGCCUCUUUGUUGUCCACUCUCAACUUGAUCCAGGAAUGCCGGAUGAUGUGUUGAAAAUGAAGAAGUGCUAGAAAGCUAGCUCUCAGUUCCCUGAUGUUGGAAGGUAAGCAUUGGGUCCUUAGAGGCCAUUUUGAAAAAGUAGAUUCCAUAAAUGUGCCCCCCAUCCGGUCUGACUGGCGUCUGUCGUGAUGACCACCCAAUCUAUUUCCAUCAAGGGAAACCCUCGGGAGAUGUUUUCCCAUGAAUUCCACUGAAGGAGCUUCUGUUUUAGAACAAAAGGAAUGCGGAUCAAUCUCUCCCAAUCCCUCGAGCUGGUCCUGAAAUUCUUCAAAAAAAUUUGUUGAAGAGGGCGAAAGUUCCACCGUGCCCAUCUGACAAGCUCUAAUGUGGAGGAAAGAGUCCCCAGAAAUCUCAUAAACUCUCUCGCAAAGGCCGAAAUUUUCAGUCUGAAGCUCCUCAUACGAUCUUGAAGUAUGAGCUUUCUGUCGUGUGCGAGGGAUAAAAUCGCUGUUUGUAUUGAAAUUUGCUCCCAGGAAUACCAGUUCUCUUGAUGGAUGCAAAUGACUCUCUUUUUGUGAUUGAUGAGCAAACCGAAACGAGAGUGUGUCGAGGACUAGUUGUCUGUGUUGGAACAUGGAUUUUAAGUCCGGGGCCACUACCAGGAUGUCGUCCACGUUGUGAAACACAGCUACACCUUCUUUUCUGAGAAGAGCGGAAUCAGAGUGAAUUUUGCCCUUUUCCAAAAUGGCUGUUUCGCGAUCUCGCGACACCUGAGCGCAUGUGAGCUCCUUUAAAGGUACAGAGCGUGAAAUUUGAAAUGGCGGUAUUACAGUAUCAAACGCUUGUUUCUUUUCCCUUUAAAGAUACAGUGCUCUAUUAGAGUGUUUUCUUAAGCUCUGCAAAAUACUUUUCUCAUUUAUAAUAAUCCAAAUGUUUAGGCUGGGAAUGCAUUACCUUUUUUAAUGUUCUUAGCCCUACUGUCAGUAUGGAUCCCCUUCUGCAAAAUCAACGAGAUCUGCAAUAGGUCAUAGGUGAGCAACACAUAUAUUUUUUUUCACGUUACUAAAAAGAGUGCAUGGAGGGUACAGUCUUAUGACUUCUGUGUCUUACACCCCUCGAGAGCGGUCCUGUCUCAGAUCCCCAUUGAGGAGAAGGGAAAAAAUGGCAGCCUGCCCUGGAUGUGGUGCAAGGCCAAUGGAUAACUGCAGGAGAUGCUUAGCCAUGGUUGCAGGAGAGUCAGAAGUCACCGCAAGCCUCUACCUCUUCAGCCAAGGAUAUUGUUUACUGGAUUAAGCAGGCAGUGGUGGAGGGAAUUGCAGAAUCUAAUAAAGGUAAAAGAUCAAGAGGUGAGACCUUCGGCAUGGACUCAGAUCAGUCUGACGACGACUACAGACAGGCUUCGGCUUACCUGGAUUUAAAGCCAAUCUCAUCCAGCGAAGAGGAGUAUAUGGAACAGCCUUGCUCCUUGGACUCCAAAGCUAUGGAGCACUUGAUUAUGGCAGUCAGGAGAACAUUGGAUUUGCCUGAAGAGGCUAAGGAAUGUUCAGCUUCUGACAGACAUUUUGAUGAUUUGCACAAGAGAAGACCUUCCUUUCCAGUUCACAGCUCCUAUUAAAGACCUGAUGCGGAGCGAGUGGCAAAAUCCAAGUAAAAGGAUUACUAGUCAAGGAAGGCUUUCUAAAUUAUACCCGAUUUAAAGAGGAGGAUUCCAGAAUGUGGACAACGGUCCCAAAGGUUGAUGCUUCUAUUAUUAAGGUAGCAAAAAGAUCCACGCUUCCAAUUGAUAGCAAUGCUUCCCUAAAGGAACCAAUGGAUAAAAGGAUUGAUGCUGAUAUAUCUAAAGUAUUCAUGACAGCGGGAUUAGGAUGUCAUCCGGCUGUAUCCAUUUCUGCUUUGUCAAGAGCCUUGCGUUCCUGGAUACUUGAUUUGGAGGAAGACCUAGAUAAAGGUGUAAGCAGACGUUAGAUGGCGGAAUCCUUGAGGGAUAUCAAACUCGCAAGUGACUGGCAUUUGGAAUACUCUACUGACCUUAUUAGAAUUCUUUCUAAGGUUAUGGCUCAUUCAGUCACCGCUAGAUGGGCACUUUGGCUGAGAUCCUGGGGAGCAGACCUUUCCUCUAAGAAUAAUUUGUGCACCCUUCCUUUUAUGGGAGAAGUACUCUUUGGGAAGCCGCUGGAUGAAGCUAUUAAAAAAGUGGCCGAGGUUAAACAGGUCAUGCUGCCACAAGAUAGACGUCCCAAGAGACCUCAUCUGGACUGUAGACCUUUCAGGGAUCAAGGCUAUUUUAGAGAAAGUAAGACCUACAGACCGGGCAGAGAAUUUGCUAGGCAUUCCAAUUGGAAGAGCAGUCAGAACAUCAAAUCUUCUAGGGGCAAGACGCAAAACUCUUUCUUUCGCCCCAACAAGCAAUUCUGAAGGUGGCUUACUCCAGGUUCCUUGAGCGGGAGCACAUCUGUCAUUCUUUCAGAGGGCCUGGGAAAUCAUUCCAGAUGCUUGGGUAAGGUCCAUUAUCACCGGAGGUUAUCCUCUGGAAUUCGAAGAAUUUCCUCCUCCACCAAGGUUUAUUCGAACAAGGCUUCCUACCAACAGCCAAAAACUAGAGAUUUUUAACUCUUUAUGUCAACAAUCUUCUUCUAGAAGAAGCCAUCGUCCCUGUACCCAUGAGAGAAAGAUUCCAGGGAUAUUAUUCUCCCCUGUUUUUGGUCAAGAAACCCAAAGGGAAAUGGAGACCUAUAUUAGACCUCCACCAGCUCAACCUUUAGCUGAGAGUUAGAAGAUUUUGCAUGGAAUCCAUUCGUUCCAUUGUUCCUGUUGUUCAUCACAAAGAUUGGUUGAUCUCGGUAGACCUCAGGGAUGCAUAUUUUCAUGUCCCUAUCAUGGUCAAGCACCAGAAGUUUCUCAGAUUUUGUGUCAGGAAGGAAAACUUUCAAUUUCCCAAAUCCCUUUGGGAUAAGUACAGCCCCGAGGACCUUCUUGAAGAUUUUGAUCUGGAAACCUUUGUCUACCGGUCUUGCGCGGGAGUCUUACCGUCAUGCCGAUCGUCUGAUCGAUGUCUGGAGUUCCCAUUCCAGAUACCAGUGGGUUCCAACAGCCUGGGGAACUAACCACCACGGCUCCCAGGGGUUCCCAACUCUUCAGAGAUUGGGCUACAUGUGCCUGGGCUUCCUGAGGAGGGAGGCUGACCUCCACAGGGACAAGACCAUAUCAGACAUGGUCAGGUGAGCAAAAAAAAAUUUAAUAUUCAGACAAACUGGAAAAAAAAAACUGUCCUAGGGCUAGGAGGACAGGAAAAGACUGAGGUGUGGAUGCUACUGGGGUCACUAUUAUACUAGGGGAAGGUAUGCUUAAUUGUUUAAUUGAUUGUGUUUCCUGUCCUGAGGGUAAGAGGGAAGAGCUAAACCUAUAUGUUAAAUGCUGCCAUGAUUAGCCAGGAAAUAUAGAUAAAUAUAUUACAUUAAUGAUUAUAUAAGUAUAUAUAGAAUGUAAAUACAUAUAUAUAUAUAUAAAAAGUCUACGUGUGUAUAUAUAAGUAAUCUUUUUGCAUACUUAUGUGAUUUUAUUAAUUAAAAUUUGAUUGACAUACCUGACAACCCAGGCAGAAAGUGCAGAGAAUGUAAUUCGCAAGCACUAUAUUUAACCCUGUAACUUUCCAAGACACCCUAAAACCUGUACAUGGGGGGUAGUGUUUUACUCGGGAGACUUUGCUGAACACAAAUAUUAGUGUUUCAAAAUGGUAAAUUGUAUUGCAAUGAUUAUAUUUUUUGUAAAAGUGACUUUUUUGCAUUUUUCACACAUGAACGGCACUUUUACUGACGCUAUUGUAAUACAUUUUACUGUUUUGAAACACUAAUGUUUGUGUUCAGUGAAGUGUCCCAAGCAUAACAGUACCCCCCCCCAUGUACAGGUUUUAUGGUGUUUUGGAAAGAUAGAGAGUCAAAUAUAAGGCUUGCAUUUCAUUUCUUUCAUAUUGAAAUUUGCCAGUUUGGUAAUGUUGCCUUUGAGACCGUGUGGUAGCCCAAGAAUGAGAAUUGUCCCCAUGAUGCAUACCAUUUGCAAAAGUAGGGAACCCAAGGCAUUGUGAGACUUUGCUGAAUACAAAUAUGUGCAUUUUAUGGUAGUAAAAGCUAACAGUAUUAUGACAUUUACAGCUAAAAUGUUAGACGGAACUACAAUUUUAUUAUUUUUUUAAAUCUUAAUUUCUCGCGUUUAUUUUUUUUUAUUUUAUUCAUCAUAAAUUGUUUUCAGAUAUAAAUAGUUAAUGAGAAAUUAAGGCCCUGUUUCUCCUGAAUGAUGUAUAUAAUAAGUGUGGGUGCACUUAAUAUGAAAGAGGUGAAUUACGGUUGACAUAUAGCGCAAAUUCCAGUUUUUGUUUACAUUUUGUUUUGAUCAGAACGUGUACAAUUGACUCCGUCCUGAAGGGAUUAAAUUAGUUUUGUAACAGUACAAUGAAAAAUACAGAUGGUAACUUUUGAGAACAUACCCCAUUGUAAUGUACUGUUGAUGCUUAUGCUCCGUAGUUUUGUGUAAAAUGUAAUAACUGGCACUCACAAAGGCACUUCAACCAUGAGUCUUCUCUACCUAUUCUGAUCUCCUAUGUUUGCUUCCCACAGUAGGCCACAGAGCAGCUAUCAAGGAAUGACCUUCACAGUCCGACCAGGCACAAGGCAGCCUAUCACCAAUACAUAUCAAGGAGGCUACCUCUGAAGUUCCAGUCAACAUCUGCCUAUAGAGAUCUUCUGAUGUUAUCUAGAGGUAGACAAAAGGUUUCCAGAUCAAAGUAAUCUCUAUGUAGUUACUCAAACGUUGUGUAAAAAUGUAAUUUUUCUUGACUAAAACUAAUGUUCUUGAUAUUGAUUUUUGCUGUGAUACUUUACAGUAUGUCAUAACACGGUAUACAAAGGAAAUGUAAAUAUAAGAUUUAUAAUGUUUGGGUUCAUUACAAAUGGCUGCUAAAUAUUUAAUUGUGUGUCUUCUAUCCUGUAUCUAUACAUUGUUUCAUGUCUAUCAUUCUUUCAGUUUUAAGUGCUUUUUUUUUUUUUCUCUGUACAUUUUGAUAUGCAUUUAUCUGGCAAACAUUUUUUUUUUUUUUUAAAACCUUUUAGUCUUUCAGUUUAACUUUUGGAAAACCUAGAAAAUAGAUUAAUUUUAAAAAAAUAAAAUAAAAAUAAAAUAUUUUAAACGCCUCAACCAAAUAUUUGGAGGAUCAGAACUAGUCAAUAUAACUUAUUUGUUUCAUUUUUACUUUUACUUCUUGUUCAUAACUACUGUAUUUUCUUGCUUAUGUCCAAUUGUUUUAUUAUGCAUAAACUUACUGUAUAUUAAUAUUGUUUUUACAAUAAAAAAGAAAUUAAAAUGCAUUCGAUAAAUAUGAACCAUAAAAAUGCCACUAUGUAUAACUGUUAUUGAAAUGUACAUACUUUGUAGGUGGCUAUCUUGCUGUUGAAGAUAACCCAUAAAAGCACUUUCUGUAUGUAUGUUCAUUUAAAUAUGUAUUUCUUUAAUGGGUACUCUGCCUUGUUAUACAUAGUGUUAUUAGAAACUGUUGUACUAUCUUUUUGUUUUUAUUUUUUGCUUUUUAGUGAGCAUGCUUAUGUAUGUCUAUUUUAAAACAAUAAAAUAUUUUAUGCAUUGUA